GUAGUCAUUCGAUGACAUUGACGGUACCUGGGGGGGGAAAGUCAGCCGGUGGAUACGAAGAUUAUAUCCCGUGGAUUUUAGUUGUAACUGAGUCAGUGAGAAUGACUCAGUUUGACCGUUUUGACUGAAGUAAGUUAGACUGAACAUAGUGCGGGUUGAAGGACUCUUUAGUCGUCGUUUGGCAGCUCUAACGGACACAACGCGCUAGGCGCUUCAGGUCACACUGGACUGUCAUCUCCGCGCACUGCCACUUGUUGAACCUGUAAGUAAAUUAAAAACACGGUGCUUUUUUCACCAGAAACAUCCGCUGUACUUGCAGAAUUAUGAACUUGACAGGCAGAAAACAAAUGCCUCAAUCUUGUUGUGCAGGUUCAAAUUUAUAAUGGAUAUUUGCCAAUUGUGAAAGCGACAGCAGACUUUGGGAACCAUCCCCAGCUGAAGUUGGAUAUCGUCUAAUCACUGCAAUGACUGAAUCAUCCAAACCGCCUUUAGGGUGAGUUUUUCUAAUACAACUUCCACUGCAAAAGUUUGACGUUUGUGUUUUUAACUUGUGCUUUUGUUAUUCUAAACAAACUCGAUGAAAUGUCUAAUUUCGUUUGAGAUAACACAGUCCACAAAAAAAAUCAGUACGUAAUGAUAGGUUUGUUUCUUAUCUGGUGUAUUGAUUUGGUAAAACAACACAAUUUUAAUCAUCGUUUGGAUAAUCAUUUUGUGCUACUAUGCUGUACCAUCGAAUAUUAUUGCUCUAUUUUGGGCAAAAAAAAUGGUAAUAUCAACACACUGCGCCAUUUAGCAACAUGUUGUCUCCAUAAAAUUACUUUGGUGAAUCAACAACGCGACUAAUUUGGCUUUAUCGUCCACAGCAACCGUGAAAAAGCAUUUGUUGUCCAUAGACAGUAGUGACAACAGAGAGUGUUCCAGCAGCAGGGUCACCCUCCUCUCCAUUUACCUCCACUCUUUUUUGCUUCUCACUGACAAUUCAUGUGAACAGUACACUGAACCAAAGUGUGUGUAGUUUGUCGUUAGUGUGUGGAAAACUAAGACCUAUUAUUAGUGGAACAACAGCUCCUGUAUAGCUGCUGUCUGUAAAAUUCAACUCACUGAUAUUGUUUGGGGCGUGGCAGGAGCAUCAAUGAAGAAUGUGCUCCUGCAAAACACCUAAGUAUUUGUUAUUUCUUUGAUUGAAAUUGACAAACAGUUGCUGAGAGCCCUGAAACUACUUCAUUUCUUUGCUUCUUCAACUAUUGACACUGUCCUUUAUGUUAUCAGUGACACAUUUCUACCAAUUUCCUACUAUCCUACUCAUUAAUCAUUUAAAGAUUGAAAAAAUCUUGGGAUGAAAGGGACAAAGUCGAACACCAAGACUAAACUGCCACAUGCAACAUGAUCUAAACAUAAGCUACAGUUUGUGACCACAGUUUGUAUGGCUGCAUUCGCAGAUGCCAGUAUAAACACAAUUACUUUGGACCUGAGCCCCAUCAGAGCCCAAGAUGGACUGAGGUUAAAUGGAAAACUGUCCUAUGGUCUGAUGGUCUUUUUUAAAAUCAUAGAUGCUGCGUCUUCCACUCCCAGCAGGAGAAGGACCACCUAGAUUAUCAUCAACACAGUUCAAAAGCUGGUGUCAGUGGUGUAUUGGGCUGCAGAAGUGCCCAUGACAUGGAUAGAUUAUACAUCUAGAAGGUACCAAAUUAACCCAACAGAAUUAAAAAUGUUUAGAGCAACAUGUGCUGCUAUUCAGACAAAGCUUUUCUCGGAGGAGACCAAGCUACAUUCUGCAUGUAUUACAACAGCAUGGCUUCAUAGUUUAAGGGUCCAGGUGCUUUAUUGGUUUGCUUGCUUCCCCAACUAGUCACCCAAUGAAAAAAUUUGUGCAUCAUGAAACGAAAGGACAUGACAAAGGGGACCCCAAACUGUUGAGCAGCGGAAAUUCCAUAUUAGUCAAGAAUUUAACUCCAGAAACUGGCCACCUUGCUUUACGGGCUGAUGUUAAAAGAAGAGAAAAGCAACACAAUAUUAAACAAUUUCAAUAUAUAAGCUGUGCUACACAAAUGUUGCUGACUUUCUCUAGUCUAAGGCUAGCUGUUUUUAGUGUAAUUGUCACUUAAAGUUUGGAUUUCAGUCAUUGUGUAGGGCUUGCAUAUUUUCUGUAUUAGAGUUUGUAGUUAGGGGCCCUCUGAAUGACUGACUCACUUCAGGGUUCAGAUGUAAAGUAAAACGUGAGUACUCUUCAUGGGCAACAUGAGAAGCGUGUGAUGCUGUUAAGAGUGUUGAGGUGGUGAUUUAACAACCAGUCUGAUCUUUUAAGCGAAGGUCCCUAUAACCAAGGGCACCUAAACACAGUGAUUUCCCACAUUAAAGAGCUUUUUGGCCAAAUUACAAAGUAGAGAAGUCACAAUCAGCUGGCAAAGGAACCAAAACACCUUCUUCUUCCGGUCAGUGUGUGACAUUUCUAUCCAUAUAAAUUACCACGGCAACUGCCUUUGUGUGUGAUGAUCUCUCUUUCGUCAUCCUUACUUUACAACAUAGCACAGUCUAAUGAAAGACAGCUCAUAAAACUACACGCACACACACACACAGACUAUGGUCACUAAGCAGAUAGAUAAGAAAGGAAGAGACUGCUCUUUUGAGGGAUAUUCACUGGGACCUUGUCAUUGAAAUCUGAGCAGUGGGUUUGUGGGACUGUGCAUGUUUGAUGUUAUGUAAGUGUUAAAAAGCCUGAGUGUGUACCCCAGGAAUGGAGGAUAGGUUACCUGGAUGAAGUCUUAGUUCAGGGCAUUAAAGUCCUUUUAAUGAAGCCUGGAUACAAAAGACAACACCCCUUUCCCAGAGAACAAAUGAGAACUGAUUAUUCUCACAGUGUGCUGAGUCAAAGAUUGAACAAAAAUCCACAGACUGUCAAAAAGAUGAGAGUCAACAAAGCAUCUUUUAACGAGUAAUGUUGAAAAUAUUUGUAGCACAUGAAAAUAAUCCGAUUCAGCGUUUUCUUGAUGUUUUUUCUGUGUUGUGUGAGUUGGACAGUGUUCCGAAGCAGGAUUGAAAAAGUUGUGGAAAACUGUGGGAUAUAGUCUCAGUAGUUUCCAGCUUUGGAUAAAUUUGGAAAGAAGAAAAAAAAGGAGGAUAGGGAAAUAUUACUGUACAUGUGGAAUAUUGCCAUCAUUCCUCAUUUUGCAACAAGUUUUUUUUUUCAUUCUAAAGGAUUCAAAGGAGUUUUAUUGGUCAUUCCAGUCUGCAAGAGGAAAGAACCAAAUUAGUUCUCAGCCAUAGGAAAUAUGAGACACAAGACAUAAUAAGAGAUAAAAAGUAAAAGUUUACAUAAAAACCUGAAAGAAUCUCAUUAAAAUCAACAUUAAUUUAAACUUUAAAAUAUAAUAUUUACAGCAUCAGCAUAAAUAAACCUAAAUGAAAAAUAACAAUACUAUUUACAAUUCCACCUAAUCUAAACACAGUACACUUUGGAGUACAAAGCAGCAGAGUAAGCGGAGUGCAAACAGGCUCUGAAAAAUAUGGCAGGGUAACUCAUGAAGUAAUACGAUAUGCAUAACCUUUUCUUUGCAUAUGCAUCCAUCACCCAGCUCACAGACACAUAAACAAUGUUGCACUGAUGCUGUAAAAGAAAACAAUAAACAAAUUUUUCAACUGUUUCACUGGUAAACUUGUGCUUACUCGGAAAAGAGAUCAGAAAACUAUGUGAUAUGUAUCUCCCACAUUAAGAGGAAAAGUACCAUGAGUUAGCUGUUCAUAUUCUUCUGAACAUUAUGUGAAUUAUUGCAGUGGAAAAGUAGGACUCCUGUCAGCUGCUGUGUAGCCAGAUGAGAAAAACAAAAAAAAACAAAAACCAAACAAAACAGAAUAUGGAUUGUCUUGACUGUAAGUAGCUAUGAGGUUACUGAACUAGUCUUACAGUAGGGGUCAUAGUAAGGCAUAAGUAACAAGAUAGGGGCAAAAUGAGCGGCCUAACAUGUUAUUAUUAUUGGCAUGGCUAACAGUGUAGCAAGGCUAGUAGCAGAUGGCUCACGCUAACUUUAGCUUGCAUAUUACAUGGUGCUUCACCAAGACCAGCACAUCGGGGAGCAUCGCAAAGUGGGUUGAACUGACACUUGUUGACUUAUUGUGUAUUUCACAAAGUUUAUUUACCAUUGAGGCGGACCACUCUCCUCCGUGCGUCCCUGAGCUGCCUGCUUCAGAUCCGUCACUCUGCUGUGCUGUGAGGUUGUUAGUGGAUCAAGAUUGUCAUGAGGUCGCUGCGCCAUCUACAGGAUAAGUCGGGGGAUCUUUUCAAAUGGCAGAACAUUUUCGAAGUUAAACCAAAUUAUUCUUUGUAUUUUAUUUCUGAAAAUAUCUGCGAGUUUUGGCCGAUUACCGAUUAGUCUCAAACGGGCUAAAAUUGGCCGAUUUAAUCGGCUCACCGAUAAAUCGGCCGGGCCCUACUCUCUAUUACUUUCUGAUGACAGAAAAUGCCAGGUGUUUCUUAUAAUGAUCCUCUGCAUGUUGAUGGGGCAUUGAUUGAUGUGCUGUAUCAUUAUAAAGAAGAGAAGGGUACCAUAGCACAUUUAAUGUUUAACUCGGUACACUGUGAAGCUGUCCAUGUUCUCUGCAGUUGUAAUUGGCUCACAGUGGUGUUUUUUCCUCUCCAGGUCUGGGCUUGAUGUUAGGCGUGUUUGCAUGCAGAGUGAGCUUUCGUUAAGAAGCCUCUGAUUGAUGUGGGUUUGUUACAGGCUUUUGGUAAAUUAUCCACUUCCACAGAAGCAUUAAGGAAGCAAGAAACUAAUAUAAAAAGAGGAUAAAUAAAGAUAAAGAGGAAAUUGCUUUCUUUGUGAGUAUUCUUCAAAAACCUUCACUGGGUUUACUGAGCUGUUACAAGUAUUAUAGCCAGUUCCUGUUUUUUUUUAUGUCACAGCAUUGUGAGUCAACUUUGGUCUUAUGGUUCAGUCCACAGUGCAGUGAUGAUCCACCAACAUCUUAAUCUAAACAAAUAAACUAUUUGUUGUCACAGGCUGCACAUAUUUAUUGAGUUAAGAUUUUGCUGGUAAAGAAUAGAAGCAUAGAAAAGCCUUAUCAGCCUCCAGGAUUAUUUUUUUCAUCUACAGCAUUGUUGGUAGGUUAUUUAUUUGAAAUAAAUUUACUGCUAAUAUUUGUUACCCUCAAUUUGUCUGACAUUAAUAUUGAUAUUAAUGAGCAACGUGGUCUCGCUCAAAAACGUAAAAUACCUACAUCGGUCCACCUCGCAAAACAUAGCCGUUUCACAAAAAUGGCUCUGAAAUUGUGACGUGUACGUUUCAUCUGCCCAGUCAUUUCUGCGGGCAGCAAUGAGAAUACCAGGAUUACAAAUAACUUUUGCUUUCCUGUUUGCUCCUAGCUGUCUUUGUUUACUGUUCAUCCAUGCCUAGGUCCAUUCAGUGACUCUGUAUUUGAAGGGUUAUUGACACCAUAUGCCAACUGUAGCGCACACACUCUUUGAAUUUGAAACUGUGCCCACUGGACUAGAAUGCACAGUAUUUGACUGCCAUGUGUGUCUGUCAGUCUGUACAGUCAGUUUCUAAUAGUUCUCUCUUGAAAACGCUCAGAUUUUGGAUGAAAAUGUUUUCCUCUUGAAUUAAGUCUUCCUUAAAUAGUUGGAUAUUUUAAAUUGGAUGCACACAAAAGCUCAACACCCUAAACCUCCUUCAGAAAAUCCAUUCUAUUUAGAAGUUCAUGUGGUCAGCCACCGGCUCAGCACCGCUGACUAAGGGAGUUCCCUCUUUAUCCUCCCUUACUGUAUUUACUUGAAGCAAAGUGGAACAUCUUUCAGUGUAUGUGGUCACAUCUGGAGAUUUGGGGGUUAUUUUUAUAAUGGGUUAAAUAUAUCUCCUAUGAAAACUGAGAUAGGCUAGUGAGUGGGAGAGUAUUUGAGGCUAUGCAUCGUUGGCAGCGGUACAGUAUGUAUCUGGUAAUACUCUGCAUCCAUUUCACAUGCAGGGCUGUUUUUAAAUCGCUAGGGUGUGGAUGCAGGGCUUCUAAGAGCUUGUUCUGCAAGGAUAGGAGCUUGACCAAAGUACAUACUGAUUGAACAUAUUAAAUCCAAAGUAUACAAUAGGACGUUUGCUCAGUUAAUGCAUUAAUGAUGAUUCAUUGCUGUGGAAAUAUACAGCAGCAAUGAUAAAUAUCAUGCUACUGAUACUUCUUUAUCCGCACUUAAGAUAAAACAGCUUUAUUGUUAAUCAAGUGCUCAAAGUGUUGCUCUUAUUCACCUUUAACUGGAGGUUACAAGCUUUAAUUAAUACACCAAUAUCUAUUGUGGGAAGUGUUCCAAGUUGGAGUUUGUUGGGCUCGGCAGGAUGUAAUUAAUGGGUUCUUCAAGCACAUGUUUACUAAAUAUAUUUACUCCAUAGACAUGCCCCCGAUACACUUGAAACAUUUGAGACAUCCAGUCUGCUGUUUAUAGACUGUUGUGCUCUUUAGACCCCCCCAUGUCCUCCCUCUUCUGCUGCCUGCCAACCUGUAACCCUGAUUAAAGAAACAGCCCCCCAAAUAACAAAGUAUACCAGUAUCAGUUUAUGAGGGGGUAUCUGACUGUACUCUUGUUAUGCAGCUGUUACAGGCUGCUUGGAUUUAUUUCUGGAGGGCUGUAGUCAUAUGUUAGUCCCUGUGGUAUGUGGGUUUGUCAGAGAGGAAGACAGACAGAUUGGGAGUGUGUGUGUGUGUACAGGCUGGACUGACUCUUCUUACACCAACUGACGUGCCUCAGCAGCAAAACCCUGUGAUAAGGCUGAGGUGGUGAAGCGCACCCUCUGUUGCACAAACUGUGAUGGUUUUGUGGCUAUACUCCAUUAAAAACAAAUAAUUUCUUGCUGUAUUUUUAGAAUACGCAAAGUAUAACCUCUUUUUGUCAUCACUUUAGUCAUUUGACAAUGUGUUGUUUUGCUAUUAACAAUAAGAGACUGUCAGCUGGGGGCGCAUACUCUUAAAUAGUUGCUUUUCUGGCUCCUUGUGUUAUAGUUGUAUAAAUACCCCAUGGGUAAAUAAAAAAAGCACAACUUUAUUUAAUGUUAACAGAUAGUAUGGACAAAUCUAUUUGCUAAAUCCUACAACAUCUGUAACCUAAGUGGUUUCCUUCUUCUCUCCCUCGCUCCCUAAUUGGACAAGCAGCUUAGGGACUAGAGAACAGACUAAUUAUCACUUCCUGCUGUUCAGCAUCUACAUUCCUUCUCUUUUUCCUCUUUUCGCUUCUGCUAGACCCCACCCAUCUAUCCUUUUCUAUUCCCCCCUCUUGUUACUUUCCAGCCACAUGGGUCUUUGCCACCUGAGCUUUCCUCAGCCUUUCGGUAUCGACCUUCAUUAUCCCUCCUUUCCUUUUUUCUAAAUCUCUAUUCCCCUCUGCUGCGGGCUUGUUUGCCACCCACAGCAUGUUUACUGCAGCUGGUGCACAGAGCUCAGCUUUUACCUUUGUGCAACUAUUAAAACAGUAAUUACAUUACAAAUACACGUGACUGUAAAACUGAUGAGUUUGUCUGACGUUGUGAGGAUAAUUAUAGACAUAUGAGUUAUUCAAUAAGGUAAAAUGAGAUCACAUGAUAUUAUGAUCUAUGGUUCCACAAUUAUUUAAAAUUCAAUUUUAAAAUGUAAUUGUAAUGAUUUUGGCAUAAAAGAAACAUGAUUGAUAGGUAUUAUUGGAUAUUGAAUCAAUAUGUGCUUAUUAAUUAAAAUGCCAGAUCGACAUGCACAGACUGCCUUUCUGUGUUUAAUACAUUUUAUCCUAUAUAGAACGUUCUCUGGUUAUGUUUCCAGGUAAUAUUCAUGUGCAAGAGGAUGAGGCGUGUUAGUUAAGCUGAGGGACUGAGGGAGCAUAGAGAAUACAAUAUAUCUAAAUCAAACAUAAACACAAAGCUUAAGUCCAAAAAUAUGGUAUUUUACUGUUGCACCUGUAAUUGUACGUUGAUACUUCAAGCUCAGACAAGAACUUUACUCUAAGUAAAAGUCUUGAAUUGAACUGUUUUGAUCACAAUUAAGUCAAAGUUCUUAAAAAAGUAAAGUAGUUUGAUGCUAUUUGAUAUUUCUUUUACCAAAUGCUUUGGGCCUAAAAUGCCAUGACAGAACCCGAGUCGUAAGAGGUGAUAUGUUUUUAAGUCUUGACUUUAUCAAAAUAAUGUUAAUUCAAUAUAUUUGUAAACAAGCAAUGUUUCUAGCUUAGCAUGUUUAGAUGAAGGCCUGGCUAAUAUGACCAUGCUUUUAACCUGAUUUCAUGCAGUCUGAUGAAACUCAAGCUCCCUGUCACCUACCCACAGGUUGAUUGAUGCAAAAUAACCUGAAAAAAAAAAUGCUCUCAUGCUUAUUUUUGGUUUAAGGGGGUCACCCAGGUAUUGUUACAACCACAGAGGACAGUAGAUAGGCACAAAAACAGUGAAAGUGUGGCCAGAAAGCUUCUUCUGGUCUGCUCAGUAAAGAAUGGAAACACUCUAACCAAAGGUUUACAGGAGAGUCGAUCAUCUGAAAUCAAGCCAGCUGUCCUUAAGUAAAAUAAAACUGCUUUAUUUUCCAGUUCUUCAAAAGGAGCGGUCGGCGGCUGGUUUCCUGCUUCUAUAUUGGUAUAAUUAUUGUUGUCUUGGAACAAGUCUGGUGUGCCUCUUUGUCACUGGUCAUAAGAGGACAGAAUGACUGUGAUGAUGUGUCACGUCAGGAGAGGAGAGGACAGAGGAGGGUAGUGUAGGGUGGGGUGCUAUUACAGUAAGUGGAUUUCUCUCCUUUAAGCAGGCGUGUAACAGACACUCUCAGAUCUCUGGUCCAGACUUAGCUGUUGGGCCAUUGCAAUAUACCCUGAACACCAAUAACUGUAAGCAACCUAAUUGAUCCCAGCGAGCAACAAUUCAUUUAGCACCUGUGGUGUUCUGCUGUCUUUUUGUCUCCCCUGGGUUGUUAUGGUACUUUUACUGCCUUUGUUGGCGAGCUCUUCCUUUUUCAUUUAACAAUCAUCACUCGAUAAUCCAGACUCUGAUAAUCAAAUAAACAGGAUUACAUUAAAUCCAAACAACUUCUUCUAGACCAGCAUGUCUUCAUUAAGGCCUUGGAUAUCAUGUGAAGUAUUACAUUACAGAAAAAUCUCAGCUGAACUGUACCUCUAAUGUCUAAUACAGUGUGUGAUACAGCUGCAGUUUGUAUGGAAAUGUAGUGAAAUUAUGGCUACAAGGGGUGUACAAUCCGAAUGGUUAUAUACAAACUAGAACUACAUAUAAUAUUUCUAUUGUGUUUGGUAAAUUGCUUACUUGUGCUGUUAAGUCUCAUAGCCUUGGAUGUAAUUUUCUGUCAUUACUGGAAACAAAAGAUUUGCUAAGAGCUGCAUUGAUGGUUUGGACUUCUGUGAUCUUUACAUUUUUUAACCUCCAGUGAGACAGUUGUACUGAGAAAGAGGUUGUUUGACCCUUUGGCCACAUACCAUUGAAUGAGGUAAAGCGGUAUGCAGUGAAUCAUUGAUUUGGGUCUUCUGCUGCAGUGGAUGGAGGAUUUGGUCCCCCUGUUGUUGACCUGCAUUUGGAGCUUUAUUGAUUUUUCAGGAGUUAUGUGUCGGUUGGAAACUAUCCAGGUAUUUGUCGAUAUCAGGCUCUUACCCUGCAGGUUAUCUUAUGUGACAGUGAUUUUGAUACUGCCGAUGUGAAUGUUAACCGGUCUCUUCUGCUAUCCAUGUCAUCACACACUGUAUGUAUUUUCUCAAUAUAGUUUGAGGUUCCUUGUUUUUCAGUGGUGCUACUUCGUUUCCCACCAAAACUGGUGUAAUUUCCAAAGAUCAAGCUAAGCUCCUGUGAGGAACUCUUUUGUGUCCCUUGUUGUAAAAGCAGUCUUUGCUCAUCAUGUUCUUUAAUAUUCUUCUUGCAUUUUGGUAUUUCCUGCUAGAUGGGAUGAAAGAAUUUGGUUGAAUACCUCGGAUGUAUGAAAACUGUAGUAAGAGUGACAUUGUCAAUGUUUUGGGUGGGGUUCUGACUGUAAUUUGAGCAUCAAGGCAUAUGCUGGACUAGAAGGCUGUGCGCCUGGCAACUGCAAACAGAUGCUUUCUUGGCUCAUAUGUCUAACAGUCACUUCUAAAUCAGAAAGUCCGUCACACUCUUGCAACUUGUUUCUGUUUUUUCUUCCUUCCAGGUCACUUAGCUUUUGUUUAUUAGUGCCUAAAAUCGACAGCUGAUACUUAGCUGAGGGGUUAGACCCUUCUGCAGUCAAGAGGUGUAAAUAUAGGUUUCCAUGGAGACACCAUGACACUGAGCGGGUAUGCUGACUACAUAGCAGGACGGUGUUUGUGAGUGUAAGUGGCCUCAGGUCCAGGAUGUGCAGCUUUUACACUCUGAUGAACAGGAGGAGGUUAAAACUCAAGUGUGUACCCAGACAACUGUAGCUUAGGCUCUUUUAUGUGUGUGUUUGUCCAUACACAUAUAUAGUGGGUGUGUUCUCUUAGUGGCUCAGAGGCAGUAUGCUUACAUUAUUAUUGGUAGGGAUUGUUAGUCUUAUGAUUUAAAGGAUGAUUUCACUGUGUUAACAGUGUGAAAUUGUAAAAUGAUACCGUUCAGUCCGAUCACUUUUCUAGUCGUUACAAAAAAACCCAAAAGAAAAACAAAACAUUUAGAUUUCAUUUUCAUGUUUCACUAUGGUAUAUCCUAUUUUCCAAGAAUGGGACUUUUUUUUUCUUAAAACAGAAACGUCCGCAGGUAUUUUGGUACUUUAGAUGCUAAGUAAAAUUGCGUGAGACAAAGUUUACAUUAAUUUCUCACUAUUAACAAUUUGCUUUGAUCACUGAAGUAUGUUUGUGAAGACUGAUAAGACCUGAAACACAGGGCUCUUGUGAAAUUUAGAAACAGGCUGUAAUAUGGCCUGAUGAGUGACACCCAGCUAUGGGUAGAAUUCAUUUCUUGUCAAAAAAAAAAAUCAUGUCAGGCUGUUCAAAUCAAUUGAACAAUUGAUUUAAGUUGUGACACUUGUCUACACAGCCAACCUUUAUUAUGUGGCACAAAGUCUUAGUUUUACCUCUUAUUUUAUUUUCCCACAACGUUUGUCAAAGUGAUUUUAGGUCAGUCAGCAUUCUGUUUUCAGCCAAUUAAUCUGCUCCAUUCCCAGUCGGCUGUCUUCAUUAGUGGAUAGUGGCUCAUUGUUUUAGUGAUCCUAUUGUCUGCUGCUGAAGAGGCUGGACGUCCGAGUCUCUAACAGGGCACACAUCUGGCUGUCUGUCUACACUGGAGAUCGUCUUUCUUUCUGACUACAUGAGUAUUGUUGCCGUCUGCUUUCUUAAUUCAUAGUUUAUCUUUCUCACAUCCACAGUAGACUUUGUUGUUUACAGUGGUCCAGUCUGUCUGUCUCAGUUUUUCUCAUGGGGUUUACUAUUGCACUGAAGGCAAAGCAGACCAAUUUUACCAUAUUUGAAUGACGGGAGCUGUAAGGAGGGGUGUAAAACAUCAUAACUCUUCAAAAUUUAGUGUUUAGUGUGAGAUAACAAAACAGGGUUGGACAGAAAUAUUUCAAAAUAAAAGUCAAAAUCCGGUGGAGUUUUUGCUGACAGACCCCAGUAUGGAAAAAACUAAGAGAUUCCACUAUUUUAAUAAGAACUUGCUGAGUGGAGAGUUUUUUAGUUUCCAUGGUUGGACUGAUGCAGACACUUACAGCUACUUCUUUCCCUGCAAGGAGCUCAAAAACUCCAGUAUGCCUGAGCUGCAUUACGUAAUUUGACUUCCCAACUAUUAACAGCAACCUGACUGUGAGGUUCAUGGACUUGUACUGGUGUUAGUGAUCUCACUGAACAUGCAAUUUUAAAGGGAUUUGAUUCACAUUUUCAUCAAGGAUACGUUUGACUUCAUUUGCAUAUUCCAUCUUUCUUACUGUUUUGUUUGUUUUCUCUAUACAGUAACACAAAAUGACUGCUAUCAGUGCAUAUACAUUUGUAUCUGUUUUUUAACACUUGAGUAUUACACAUCCAUUUAUCCAUUUAUUUGAUGUCCAAAGGGCUGAUUGUAAGUUGUUCUCAAAUUCUCACUCUUGUUUGUAUAACAUUUGAUGCAAUAUACAUCUAUCUGUAUCAUUUUCCUGCUCAUUACAGCGUACUUCAUUUAUCUUGUUUGUACUCUUGCCUUGUUUACUAAGCGACUUCUUUUUACCACUCUCUUAAACCAGCGCCCAGACUGAGUAUCACUCUGCUCACUUUGUUUUCCACUUACAGCUGCUCACAUGUUGUCUCGUGUGAUUUUACCGCAGACCACAGGAGUCCCUGUUGCCUUAGGCAGUUUGAAAUGAAUUGGGUGGCUGUUUGGUUUAGUUUUACAACUUUUAUGACCUGAAGUUUGAUUAUUAGCAUCUUUUUAGAUCUUAUCCAAAACUGUCCUGGGUAAAAACACAAAUUUAAAGGAGGAUAGUGAAAGCAAUAUAUCCUUUUUAAAUUCUGCUCAGCCAAGUGAAAAGAACAGGGUGGUUCUGAAAGGUCCAUUAGUAACCUUUUGUGUGUGUAUGUGUGUGUGUGCCCAUUUGUAACCCAGUCCCUGUAGCAGCUCAGCACUUACCGCCCUCCUUUGCUGGAGCAGGGUUUCCUGCUCUUCCUUACUCUCUCACUCUCUCUUUCUCUGUCUAUGCUCGCCCAUUCUAACUCUGUGGGAGACGAGGCUUCUCCUAAAGGAGUCUUUGUGUGUGUUAGAGAGAGGGAAAGCAAGAGAGAAGGAUGGAGACGGAUACUGGCUGACUGUGUUAAACCUGGCCAGGGCCCAGUCCCACAGCUCCACAGAGCCCGGUUCUGUUUACCUUGAAAAACACAGACUCAACAGAAAAAGUAUCUCACAUUUAAAAGUCUCUGAGCUAUCACUUUCUAUCCUCUAUUACUUAGGAAUCAUUAUUUUUUCUUGAAUUUAUUUAUUUAGCAGCUGGUGAUUAAAAAUGAUCUCCUCCAUUAUAGCUGAUGAUCUUAAAGCAAAGUCCGCCACUCCCAUGAUGUGUCCAUUAAAAAACACUCUACUAUUACAUAAUGAGCCAAUGACACAUGGAUCCUGUGGGUGAGAGUCAGUUGAUAUCAGACUCAGCUGUUAAUGGAUAACUCCAGCCAGGUUAGAGUCCGCUCGCUGUGCUAUGUUCACGUGCAUUCUUUCUCCACGGUGCUCUUUUCGCCGUACGCUGGGCAAGAGUACCUUGAGGGAUACAGGAUUAUACACCACCCAAUGAAACACACACAUUGUCUCUGAGUGUGCGCCUAAACCUUGGAGCUGGAUUUAUAAACACUCUCCCUUUUGGAACACUUAAUCAACACAAGGACUGUUUGUGACGUGAGUGUGAUGUUUUCUCUUUUGUUAUCUGAGGCUAAUAUUUGUGCAGCCCGGACAGAGAGAGAAUUGGUGCUGAAAUGUGUGGCGUAGAGCUGCUAUUUAUCAUUGUUACCAGAGUGAAGUGUUUGAUUUCUGUCUAAUCAGCUGUCUCCGUCAGGCUUGGUACAGUUGACGCUGAAUCAGGGUCAAAUGUGCAGAUAGUAGCAUCUCGUUGCCAGGAUGUCAUUGACAUCUGCUUCAACUCCACCCGCAAGAGCAGUGCUUUAAACAUGGCUUGUAGUCUUAUCUUCCAUGCAUGUUAUUCUUUAAGAGUUGCUAUCAACACACUUGAUUAUACAUGGAAAGCACCUUAACUAACCAAAUACCUGAUUUUUGAUGCUACUGAACUUGUUCUGCUACAUGAAUUGAACUUGGUUUAAUAAGACAGUGUCAGAUGUUUUGUAAACAUGACAGUUUCAGCCUAAUUUUUGCCUACUAAUAAACACCAGUUAUUGAUUACAAUGUCUGAGUAAUUAUCUUUUACGAUUGUCCAUGCCUAGAAUUGGUUUUUAAUGUUCAGCGAUGUUUGUUAAAGUUAAUCUUUUUGUUUUGAAAACACUGAUUUUAAAGCACUAUAUGUCAUAUAAUUAUGAAUAAUAAUACUUCAGAAGAAGAUCAGAGGAGAUGAGUAAUGAUUAUUAUUAAAGUAUUUUUCACAGGAGUGUCAGGAACAGAUGGAAUAAGCAGCUACUAAGGGCUGAAUCAUCUUGACAACUCCAGGGUUGUCAAGGUGGGGUCCUCUCUGCGUAUCAGUGCACUGUUAUGUAAGGUAAUCGAACAGAAAGGAGGUGUCACAAACAGAAGCAGAAAAAUUAUCAUCAGUUUUGUCAUUCAGUUGCACUUAAUGGGUUGCAUUCAUCAGACUCGGCUAUGUGAGACUGAAUUCAAUACACAAAAAUGAUUAAAAGACACAAAACUGUUAUCAUUUUUUUUUAUUUCUAAUAAGAAUUGAAUAAAAAACACAACAGGUCAAGAAUAUGUUUUAUUUAAGAAAGAAUAAACUGUUUAUUAUUAACCAUCUAUCUAGUGUCCUGGAUAGAUAAGAUGACUAAGUGAUUAAUGAACCAUAAAUUUAACACGACUGUAAAUCAAUAACUUUAAAUGGCGUAGUAUUUUAUCCUGGUCGUACUUGGAAACCUACAACAACAGAAAAAAAAACUAAAGCUUGAACUAAAACACUUAAUAUUGUUUUUCACUGUGUAUGUUUGCUUUUGUCUUUUUCCAGGAGGAGAAUGAAGGCCCGUGCCCCGCCUCCACCGCCACAGGCCCCUCAGCCCGCCCCACGCCACAUCUUCAGAAACGUUGUACCUGAUGGAGGAGGGACAUCAGGCAUGGAGGCCAAGGAGAACAUGUUGAGACACAUGGUGGAUUUAAAGCUUACUCUGCCCCAGGGGUACCAGACCUCUGUAACUGAGGACGGCAGGUGAGUGGACAAGGACUUUUUUUUUUUUUGGCAGUACUAAUUAUUUCACCGUGAUUUUGUUCAGCCCGCCUUGUUUUGCAUUGAAUUUUACUUUCAAACAGUUUAGAGCCAUUUGGUUUUGCUUAUAGAUUUUUAGUGCUAAAAUUCACAGUUCAUCGGCCAUCCUCUCAUACACUAUUUCUGUGCAUGAAUAUGCGGAUCAGAGUUGUUGCUUCCCUCAUCAGUUUGAUAUUAUGUUCCAACCUCAUUUGCCAGUCACCAGACAAACAGUACGAGACCUAUUUGUUGCUUCUGUUUGGGUUUCUGUGCCAGGGAGGCCUUGUAAAGGGGUCGUGUUCCCAGUCUCAGCAUAAGCUUUGUCUCAAAGAGCUAACAGAUGAAGGCUGACCUGCUAAUGAUCCCUGUCUCUAAUGAGGUUCUCAGGAAAUCAGGGAUUCCUCCUGAGUACAGAACAACAAGAUGCUCUUUAAAUAGACGUGCUUUAGGCCAAUAGGAAUCUCAGAACCAGUGAGCUUUAUUAUACAGACAAAGUCAAAAAUAAGAUUACAUUGUGUUACUGCCCUCUGAGUGUCUGGUGUCCUUAUUGUACGGAGGGUGACAAAGGAAUCGUAUGUAUUGCAUUACAUUUAAGCUUUUAGAUGUGCUAGUUUUUUAUCUGCCGCUUACAUACUAACAGAUAAGAUCAGACUGAGGUGUCAUACUAUUAUCAUUUCUUUUAUCAACAUGGACACCUAAACUGAGCGAGGGUGGGAACUGACACAUUGAAAAAUGAAUGUAAAAACAAUUAACAGUGUUUUAAACUGUGUGUUGAAAGACAUUGAUAUGUCUGUGAUAUAUCACUCUAUCAGUGCUAGUAUUGCACCAAUACUGUAGCUCUGGAGUACAUUUUGUUUUUCUGUGUUCUGCAAAGGUACUGAUUUCAGAUGGGGGCAGGAGUAGUAACUUUAUAAUAAUAAUUUUUUUUUUUUUGCACAAUCCAUAUUUUUUCAGGACUUUAAAAAAAUCCACAAAAAAAGAAAGGUCUAAAUAUAUGGUUACUAACUAAUAUUCAACAACAAAAAAAAUCCACUGUCUGGAGAAAAAUGCCAAAAACAGGUUAUGAAUUUCUUUUAGCGGUAACCUUUAUGAUCAGAAAGAUUUAACAAACAUAACAGACAUUAAAUAAACGACUCAAUCCAAAGUCAAAAGACUUUGAUAAUGGUAUUAUAUUUAUAUUUACCAGCAGAAACGUAACACAGCAUGUUUGCAAAACAAGAGAUGGACAGUGUUACUGCCAGUAAAGGUAGAGCAGAUGCUGCGUCUCAUUAGCAUUGUGCCGUGGUCAGUAAAGUUUGGGCUUGUAGCUACUUUAGAAAUUGAAAAUAAAAGUAUCAGCUGUUUGAAUCAGUUAUUAUGUAAUUCUCUGUCUCUUAUUACUUUUUUUUCAAUUUACUGUCCUGCAGCCACGUCAUUGUAAGCUAUAUGUUUGUUGGCAAGGGAGUCAGUGAAAAGAAACAUAGUGUGCACCGGUAUGUGUGGCUCUUACCUCUCAGCGAUGUGAUAGUUUAGGGAAAUAUCAAAGUCUAUAUUAAAUGGGGUCACAAGGAUGGCGUACAAAUGGGCCGCAUUUGUGUCCGCAUCUGAUUGUAGCAGUUAGUUAUGUACCUAUUUAUAUGUAAAUAUUUACUCCCCAAAAAAUGUAAUAAGUAGAUUUUAGAGAUUAGAAUAAAACAUAAAUUUUGUCAUAUAUUACUUAAAUAAUUCCUGAUAGUGCUUCUUUUUGACUAGUCUUUGAUAAAAAUACAGUCUGAAAAAGACAAUCCUCUGAGGUAUAACACAGUAGGACACUGGAUCAUCUGAUUACAGAUUGUGGUUUUGGUUGUAGACUGUGUCCGUGUUUUGCUGAAUGUCAGCGGUGCCUUUGUAGCAGUACCUCUCUCAGUUCUGUCAUCUGAUCUGGCUGUUCCCAGAAAACAUUGGAGACUGUCUCUUGGUUUCUUUAUCUGAGGAUUGACAGCUAGGACUGUGGGCCUCCUCAUCAGCUAUAGCCCCCCACAUACGCAUAUUUACGGACACACAAAGCAACAAAGCAGACUCCAGAGUCCUUACUGUGAGUUGAUGGACAUGAGUAGUGUGUCAUAUCAACAGGUACUAUACAGUUUACAAUUACCCAACCCCCUGGCCCAAAAUCUAUAUACAAGGUAAAGACUGAGUUAGACUCAAUGAGUCAAGUGCUGACAAACUGAUAAAACACUAUCACAAGAUCUUAAUAAGGUAGAAUAAAACACUGAAUCUAAAGAUAGGAUAAGUAAACAGUAAAAAUAAGGAUAAUAAACAAGAUAGUAAAAUGAAAAAUAUUCAGUUAAAGAAGUAAGAUGAUAAAAUGAUAAAGGUGAAUGUAAUGAGAAUAAUUUUAAAUAGUAUACAAAAAAUACUUACACUUAGAUAAAUUAAUAAUAGAGAUAUUUUUUUAGAUUAAAUCUUAAGAGGAUAAUAUGUGGCUUCUCUGUCCUUUGUUAUUAUUGUUAUCAGGCUUUCGUUCAAGAUUUUCCUGCUUUAUUUGCAAAAAAAGCUGUUUAUAUUCACGAUAAAAUCAGUGCUAUUAAUAUUCAGCCUACAGUAGGCCUGUGAUCACAGCUGGGUGUGUAAUUUCUACCCUUUAUGUCAGUCAGUUGGCUAUCACUUAGCUCUGCUAAUUGCAUCAGGUGUGAGUGUGUCUCUGUUUUGUUAUGUGAAGUAAUCACUACUCUCUUCAGCAAAGCCAGAGCCAGGUAUGCUAAGUAACCCUAUCCUCUCUGCUGCAUCCUUUUAUUUCUCCCCUGCUCCCCCUUUCCUCCCCCGGCCCUUUCUUCCUAACUCCCUCCCUCCCUCCUCCCCCUUCUCUUUCACUUUCUCUCUCUCUCCCCCCUUUCUCUCCCUUUCUCACUCCCACAGUAAGGCACUGAUGGACCUACUGGUCGAGCUAUGUAGCCGCUACCACCUGAACCCGGCACUGCACACCCUGGAGCUGCAGUCUCCCGAGGGCCACUCUUUAGGGUUCAAGCCCAACGCAUUGCUGGGCUCUCUCAACGUGGCCUACGUCCACAUCAAGGAGAGAGUCAGUGAGGAGAAAGUGGUACGCAGACCAGCGCCCAAAGUGCCAGAGGUGAGUCCAUUAUGUAAUCUGUAAUAUAGUAUUAUGUAAUCUGGGUGAUUUCCAUGUUUUGUGCUUUUUAUUAUUCAUAACAGGACUUUAUGUUGUGACAGAAAUUAGAUUGAAAAGCAGAGACAUUUAUUUGAAUAUUUGGCUUAAAUUAAAAGAAAGGUCAAACCUAUCUCUACUUUGUAGGAAUGUAGAAAGGUGUUAUUUGGUAUGCUAAUAAUGUGAUAAUAAGGAAAGUUAAUUGUUUAAAAGACAGCAGUGCUGUUUGAACAUGGAGACUGUGCAGCUGCUUAUAUUGUAGCUCUGUGUAAUAUUCGUCCCUCCCUUCUACCUUUUUACCUCUGACCGCUGGCAGACAGCUAGGCCAGUGAAACCUGUAAGAGUCAAUUCAAAGGUAGGCAGCCAGUGGGGAUCAAACUGGCCUUGCAUGACUCUGGAGUCAGUUCUUCCACACUUGGUGUAAAGUGUGACAGUGUUUCCCUGUCUUUAUAUUCUUUAUUCCUACUGACUUGUUGUCAUUUCUUUUUACAGCUCACUUGCCUUUUUACACCUACUUGCUGAACAUUUGCCUCUUCCUCUCUCCUCUUUUCUCUACCUCUCCUCUGCUCUCCUCCUACAGUCUGAAUAUUUGAUGAGUGCCUUACCUUUAGUUACCAUGCAUUAUUUCUCUGUUCCUCUGGGGGAUAGCUGGCUGCUCUCUCUUCCUUUGACUCUUCCUGGCCUGAGGCCAGAGACUGACACUAUUUCAGACAGUGCUGUCAGUCACCACUCUUCUCUUAGUCUCUUAUUGUACCUCUAGUCUCAGUAGUGAAAUCAAAAUUAUGGCAUUUUGAUGAAUUUCUGUUAUAUAAAUAAUCUGUAUUACAGUAAAAGACAAACAGUAAUUCAGCAUAUGUAAACGCUGUAUCCAAGUUGAUAAAUUUCAAAAGGCUGAUGUAUUUCUGACCCCAAAAACAGCACACAGAUUUUUGAGUCUACACCUGUCCUACAGUCCAAGAGUAACAUGCAUAAGUGGUGUUGUACUUUUCAUAUACAUCUGUGUGUCAGAUUGUCUACUUGUUAGGUUUCUAGACUGCUAUACAUAAAAGACAUUCUGGGAAAUGUUGUUCCUAUUGACUUUAGGAAAGACCUGUGACUUCUCUGCCCUGCCAUCAAACCAGCUCACCCAGCUUUUUCAUAAUUUAAGGACCACUGCAGUGCUCUUUUAUGAGAUUAUUCUGGUAUCCAUUGCCAACAGGUUUGUCUUAGUUAUGGUGUCCUGAUGCGACUGCUACACACUGGGACAAAAAUUAAAUCUCCUUUACUUAAAAUGCAAAAGUUUCUCAAGAACCACAGUCUGAAGAUUCGUGUUAUGAAUUCUCCAGGCUCUUAACCCUUGAGUGAGGUGUGUGUUUUUAUAGAGGCUGAUGUGGACCGCUUAGUGAUAAGGAGUGUUCUACAGACUGAGAUCUGUUCUCAACCACAGGACACUAUGUAGCGUUGUCGUUUUAACAACCGCCAUAUACAGACUUCCUAGGAUCACAUGUCUUUAUGCACACAUUAGGAUAUUCCUCUUUGGUCUCUUAAAAUGUUCCUAUUGCAGUCAGCAACCAAAGUCUAAGCUGAAGUUACUUAUUGUUGAGAUUGUGUGUGUGUGUCUCUCUGCUCCUCUGUUUUACAUUCUGUAUGUUUUUGUACGAUAUGAGUAAGCUGAACACCAGUUGUAAGUUGUCCAUAGUCUUAUGUUUCUCAAAUCUUCACUUGUCUUCUUUCUAAUACUGUGAAUGAGGCUAUAUAAACAAAGAUUACUUAGACUAAUCUUUGAUGUUUUGGUUCAAAAUUUUGUGUUGGAUAUGGUGUCUUUUUUUGUUUGAUCACUAAACGUUUUCUGUUAAUGGCUUUGUUCUCCACUUUCAACCUCUCUUCACUUUGCAGGUCUUAGCGAUGUGUCAUGUUGUCCUGCUGGUGAAGUGCACGGGGGGGGAAAGUUUCAGAACUUUUACUCUGUGUCUGCAGAUUUCAUCAAAUCUUGGCCUUAAAUCUCCUCCACUUCAAAAAAGAUGUCUGAUUAGUUUCUAAAACUCUUCCUUCUCUGCAUCAGAAAACAGUACGUUUGAUGGUGAACUUCCACAGCAGCCAGAAAGCAGUGGUGCGGGUCAACCCGUUGGUACCACUCCAGGCUCUGAUACCGGUCAUCUGUGAUAAGUGUGAGUUUGAGCCAGCACAUGUCCUACUCCUGAAGGAUAGCAUCAGCCGUCACGAGUUGCCAUUGGAUAAAUCUCUGACAGAACUGGGAAUCAAGGAGCUCUAUGUACACGACCAGAGUCUAGGUAAACUUUACUGCUUGAUUCUGUCUAUAAAAAUUCACUUUUUCGGAUCAGUCACUUUGAAAUUACUGAAUUUCUGAUAACAGGAAUGUUAUUUUAGGUUACAAUGUACAAGGGAAAAUAUUUAAAGGAGAUUAUUUUGAAUAGAGCACCUAGAUUGAAUUUAUUGUUGAAAUGAUUUUAACAGAUUUCCAUAGAAACUAAUGAUCCCACUACUGUUAGGCCUGUAUAAGCUAAGUGAUUAGAGAAGAAUGCCAUGACUUCUCCAGCCAUUGUUGCAAUAUACUGUUGGCAUUGAAAUUAAAAUGAUCAGAUAGUCUUAGUGUGAAUUUUUAUAUAAACAAAACCUAUUUUUCUAAAAGAGAAGGCUCAUUUAUAGAUUUUAAUGUAAUAUUGGAAGAAGUUGUUUCUCAAAAUUGAACGUGUAUGAAAGAUGUAUUACUGCUCAUGAAAACUGGGAGAAAAACAAAGUUCCAAGAUAUUACAUUAAUCAAUCAGAAAUGUUAUUAUUUUACUAAGAAAAAAAUAAGAUGAGAAUAAGACAGAGGUUAUGUAAUGUGGGAUGAAUUGUCAUUCAUUUCUAUUAUGUAAGCUUCUUUUAGGGCCCCGUAAGUUCACCCACUUGCUGAUUUGCAGAUAGAGUGUUUUAUGAUCAAUCUCCAAUCCCUGUGAACCAACUGAAGAGCGCUUUACAUGAGUCAGUUGGGCUCUCUGUACAUUUUAAAACUUUAAUGGGUCUUGUAGGCCUUAUAGGGAGUGUUGGGUGUUCUGAGACUGAGCCUGAAGCCCUUCCUGGCCUUUUCAUAGUCCUUCUUGCCCUUCCCAUCUUAGACCAGAUUGGACGAUUAAAGAUAAGUUGUGUCAAAGACACUCUGUGCUUAAACAGGACGCUGAGCAAAGUAAGAAUUGCAUAUAAAAUCUUCAAAGCAACUCAUUAAAAUGCCUUCAGUGCAAUUGGCCACAAAGUCAGCAUUACAUUGGAUUGUGCAGUACAGCAUAAAGAGUAUGUAGAUAAACAGUCUUGAUGGCAUUUAGUCUUAAAAAUACUGGCAUGGGUUUUGUCUUUGACAUUUUUUUAUCUAAAGGAACUUUGGAAAAUAGAAAAUGUCUCUGUAACGACCAAAGUCCUUCAUUAUCUUGUGUAGGAAGGGGAGUUAUGUUUUAACACAGAUAUUAUGGCUCAUUACCAUGGUAACAGUCCACACCCACUGCUAUUUAAAGUGUUCUUCUUGUCAUGGGGUGUGAUCUAAGAGCAGGGUUUGUUUUUAAUGGUCAGGAAAGAUAAAAGUAGUAACAUUUGAGACUAUGUGUAAUUUUUAUAGCAAAAGCUACGAUGUGUUCUUGACUCCAUUUUUCCAUAUAUUCAGGCUUUCCUAUGAGUUAUAAAAGAGAUGUAAUUUGGCUGUAUCUUUUGAUGUUUUCCAGUUCUUCAGCCUAAAAUGGCUUCAGCCCCUGCUCUAAACUACGCAGGUAUAAGUCCCUGAAAGUCUUGUUGUCUUAGUGUUGCUGGUUUCAACCACGUGGCACUUUUUAACCCAAGAUGCUGCUGUUUGCUUAUUAACCCUGCUUUUGUUCUGUGUUGGAAAAUCAUCAACUGUUUUAAUGUCAUUGUGUUUUAUGGUUCUUGUGUUGACAACCUUAAUCAGUGUUUCUUUAAAAUGACCUUACUAACCGCGUUCUCUACUUUUAGUUCAGAUAACCUGAUCUGAAAGUUUUUAAUUAGUAACUUCACUUCUCCUCCCUGUCCUUAAGCCAAUGCCAAACAUUCUAACAGGACACAUUUUUACUGCUCUAUAGCCAAGACGUUGGAAGAAAAAUAAAGCUUUGGCGCCCCCUGCUGAUGAAAAAAGGCCUUGCAAAAACUCAAACAUAACUCAUUUCAUGAAUACUUAAAAAACACUUCAAGUAAUAAACUAAAAAUUAUGUCAAAUUAACUAAAUAUCCGAUGUGAAGGAAUGUAAUUAUUGCAGCAAUCUAACUGUUUGCUAACCUCAAUCUCAGCUCACCAGAAUGAACUGUGAUCUCUUAUUUAUCUCUUAACUCUUUCUGAAUUUAAUUGAUCAAAUUGCUUUUCAUCACUGUAAAACUUCUUUCCUGACCUGUUGCUUUUCCUCUUCUUUGCUGGCUUCAGACUCCAUCAGAUCCAGCACUACCAGUUUGAGUAAAGCAGAAAAGAAAGGCCUCCUGGGUAUCUUCCAGUUCAGCAAAAGGAAAAACAAGGUAAGAUAUCAGAUCACAGUUUUCAUUUUGUUGUUUUAACCAAGGAGACUAUUAAUUCAUAGUUAGUUUAUGAUCAUAGUUAGUUAUGGCCACAAAUACGCAAUAUUGUAAUUGUGGAGCAAGGGUAACAUUAUAACUGUUGACAUAGCACAGUAGAGACUUAGUUGCAUGUGUGAAAAAACUAAAGCUGUGUCACUAUGAACAAACUAACCUGGAGAUCUGCAUGUCAGAGGUUUUCAGAUUGAUAACUAAAGCAGGCUAAUUGCAUGGCAGAACUAUUGAAUGCUGCAUGUUUGCUAUGCUUUCUGUUUGCAGACAGAGACAACUUCUCUGGACAUGGAUGACUAUGAUGAUAGAGUAUUCCAAAAUACAGACUCACAAAACAAUGUAAGUAUUGCUAACGCAGCUGGCAAUGCUCAAAUGUUUUCAAUUAAAUCAAAGGUUUCCUGUUAAAUGUGGUGUUGAUAAAUUAAACUCUGAGGUAUUUCAGAUAUCUAUGAGUGUAGGACAGACAACUUUUACAAAAUAUUUCAAAUUAAUAAAGGCACAGACAGAAAACUAACUUGCACAACAAUGUGGAAUCACUUCCCUGAGCAAAAUUUCAUUUGACAUAUUGAGAUAGGUCCCUGUUUACGAUUACAGGGUGGUUUUUUUUCUAGUUUUCCCACAGCUCAUUACUGAUCAGGUUUAAGUUUCCUGGCUGGUUGAUGAAACUUUUUGGCUGCAUAUAACACAAAAAAAACAACCUGUAUAACAAGCAUGACCUCGAACUAACUCUAAACAGUAUAGGCAAUUACUGUAAUUUUACAUUAAAUGAGUUCUGUAUCAACAACUUGUGAAUAGUUACUGAUCAUAGAUCGUUUGUAUUUUUUGCACUUAUCUGCCAUUAAAUCAUAACUUUUUCAGAACCAGAUUUAUGAAGAGGGUAUCAGAAGCCAGAUUGAAAUGUUGAUUGCAAAGAUAUCAUGAUCUGCACUGAUACAAUAGGCAAAUUUUUCACAAAACUGAUUGAAAGCAGAGGUAAAUUUACCUGUAAGACAUAACUACGAUACAAUACAAACUAAAAAUCUAAAAAAUAGAUUUGAGUAAUCAGAAGUUAUUUAAUUUCAGGACAGUAUUCAAAGUAUAAGUCCUUGUUGCUCUGCCGAAGUGAAUGUUGAGUUGUUGUCAUGUGCAUUGCUGGCCUCAAGAGGGCAGCAUCUGUCUCUAUUAGUCAGCUGUUCAAAAAGCAGUUUGGACAAUUGAAUUUUCCUUACAUGAGUUUAUAGGUAAGAAGACCAAAUAUUAAGCAGCUGAAAAAAACUACAAGAGGCUUCAAUGAUGGGAUGUUUUUCAGCAUUAAAAACAAACAUAACCACUGACAUUUGUUACCUGAAUAAUAACCCCUGCAUUCACUCCAGUGUGUGGAAGUGAACACUGAUGAUAACCAGCUGUCCCCUCUGAUGCUGCAUUAAGCUACUCUCUACCUUUUAUACUCAUAACUCAAUCACAUUGAUUUGAUUUUAAAGACAUGAACCCCAGUUCAGCAGCAGCCUCUGUGGCUCACCUCAGAUCAAUAUGAUGUUUUAUUGUGUUAGCUGGAAAAAAAAAUGCCAGCUGGUUCACUCACUCUGCCCCACAGAGUCCAGAGCUUCUCAGUCCACUUCUACACCCUGCUUUGUUCUCAUUGUCUGCUUCACCUACACUGAAUCAGUCUUUUUGUCAUUAUUAUCAUCCCUUUCUGAAGAACAUACACUGCUUUGUAGACCUACUCACACUCUUUUGUGUCUGCAUCUUUCUGACAUCAAACACUCAAACUUAUAUAAAGAUUGUUUUUUUGACAAAGAGUUUGAGGAUAUUGAUUCUAAAAAAAAAACUUGAAUCAUUCAUACUUCCUUAUACCAUGAUUUAUCAGCCACACCCUCUUUUACUGUGAGCUUUAAUGCAGCUGGGCUUUCUUUUCUAAUAUUGUUUUUUAUUGUUUUUCAGCCAGGGACUGUUCUCAGACCACAUGCACACAACCAAGUACAAACGAACCCACACAAACACACAAACACACACAUUUGGCCACAUAAUGUUAUCAGGCUGAAGGCAUCAGAUUACCCUACCUUGGCUACAUUAGCACUAAAAGCCCAGGCCUCUUAUCUGUAAUUGUUCAUUAGAGGCUAAACUACUGUGUGUGUGUGUGUGUGUGUGUGUGUGUGUGUGUGGUCUUAAAACAGUAACGCUCUCAAAGUGCGUCUAGUCAGAGCAGAUGUGAUACCCGUUAAAACUUGAUGCUGUGCUUGUUCUCUCUCUCAUUUACCUUUUAAAGUAUUCAAGGCCCACAUUUAUCAGAUAUUGAAAAGCUAAUUUGCUGCAACACAUUGAGGGUAUAAAAUCUGUUCCAACUUCAUCAACUCACUGAGUUCACACAAGCCUAGCAAUCACAACUGUUUCAUUAAGCUGCAGAAGCAAAAAAAAAACAAGAGCCAGAGAAAUAAGCCAGAGAAAUCUGAAAACGUUCUCCAGUCUCUUUAAUGAUUUCUCACUCAUACAUAUGUCCGUAUAUGCAGUGCAUUGAAGUGAUUUGGCCAACAGGUUGUUGGUAGUUUUUUUUUUUUUUUGUAUAAAUAUUGUAAAUACUGGCAUGUCUCUAAGCACAAUGAGAAUUCAGUCUAAUUAAAAAGAGCACGAUGUAACCUGCGAAAAGUUUUGAUUUUUUUCUCUUACAGUAAUCUUUUUGACAUCUCUGCGGUCAUUUAAAAGUUUUUUUUUUUUCAGUUUGUUGGUACCAUAGACUGUAUAUAGAAUGGACAGAGUCUGCCUCCUCACUGGGUGAAGCCACUCUGAGAACAGCACCCUCUGUUGAUGGGCUGCAGUAUAGAUCAUAAAUCCCGCCUCCGCCAGCAAAGCUUAUGGGGCUGUGGACAAACUUUAGAAAUUUAUUACACAGAAUAUAAUUUUUUUUCCCACCCGCUUGCGGUGUUGACAUGUAGUUACUGUCAGACUGGUUUGUGCUCAAGUCCCUAUUUUUCUGUGAAGUUAUUAGGGGGUUCAUGUUUGCUAUGAUUGACACCUGAUACAGCCUAUGGGCAUUCAGGGAUUGCGUAGCUCACCCGGGGGAAACUCUGUUUGAGCUGAGCGUCAUCACAGUGAAUAUACCAAGAGCUUUUUGGCUUCAAAUCCGUAUACAGGCGGGAAGCGGAACCAAGUUGUCCAUAGUAUAUACAGUCUAUGGUUGGUACACAGUAUAUGUGUACCAACAAUCACUAGCAAUUCCAGCAAAACUAGCAAUUCCAAAUAAAAUGGACUGUAGAUAAUUAACAUUCUGCAAUGUUAACUAUCUAGAAGUUACUGUAAACAUUUAAUGAUUAUGUUAUCGUAGGAAAUACACUGAAAUUCAUAUUCAUGUCUUUUUAUUAUUUACAAAAAUAUACUAAACCACCAGUGACAUUAUUGAUCAUUUCUAUACUGUAAUUUUUAAUGCUUGAAAGCUGAAGAAACAGGCCUGUUUUAUCAAUUUCCACAUAAAAUAUUGACAAAAAAAUGUUGCAUUGCAUUGUCAAAAGUCGAAAGGAUGACAUUUUACUACACUUUACUACACUACAUAAGCAUGAAGAGAGCAAGAUCAACAAAGGACUUUGACCCCAGGGGGUGCCAAAACUGACUCAUAUUUAAAGGAGGAGGAGCUUUAAUUAAACGAAUCAUAGUUGUUUUUUCUGUAGAACUUGUGACAGUGGUUUCCAUUUGUGGCAAAUGACAACAAAUGAUACUGAUGUGUAUGGUGUAGAUGCUUAAGUUCACACUGACCACACCCAGCUGGUGUUGAUGUUUUGUGUGAUUUGAGAUCAAACAGACAUGACACUUUUUCACAAGAACUUUUUCCUCAAUCUUGUUUUUGUCAAGCAAUGUAAUCCCUUAUUUAAUUAGACCCUUUGGUCUUAAAAAUAUGUAAAAUAACUGCAUAUUGUUGUUUAUUGUCAGUCAGUAGUUGGAGGAUGAUUCAUCUUUGCUGUGGGGUGUUGUAGCACUAAAAGACAGUAUUAUAAGCAAGGAGGUGACAUUUAUUGGCAGCUGUAAAUGGCAACCAUCAUUUUUCUUCACAACUCUACUUGUGUUUUUGUAAUAGGACCAGUCAUUUGAGCAAUAAAACACUGCUUAGAUGUUUAAUAUGUCUCUUGAAGUAUUGCUCUCUGUGUCAAAAAAGGACCUUUACCUUUGUAUGCCCCCCAAAUGCUUUAGGGCAGUUUUUACAUUUUGUAUUUUAGCUGUUGUGACACAUUUCAGAUUGUUUCCCAGAGGGGAGAGCAGAAGAGAGCAGGUGAAAAAGUCAGACAGAGUUCAUGUGAAAUUUCUGCUUUGAACAUUAUAUUUUUGUUGGGUGAAAAUACGCUCUUUAUUCUAUUUUUUUUAUUUUUUUUAAGGAUUCCAAAUUGAAAUUGCAUCAAUCCUUUACUGCCAACGUCUCUCUUUUGUUCUGUUGGCCUCCAUCUGCCAUCCACCCAAGCUCCCCCUCACCCUGCUCUUACUCCUGUCAGUCCCUGCAGUGACAAACUGACUGAAUGAGUGUUUUUUUCCUGAAUUAUAUUAUUUUCUGCUUUAAGCUUUGGUUCAACUUUGUUAAUGUUUUUUUUUUUUUCAGAUCAUCAUGGUGCUACCUUAGUUAUAGGCACUAUGAGUUCUCCUAGUUUUUCCAAAAGUGGUCAAAGUUUUUUGAGGCUGUUUUAUAUCUUCACUCAACCAAAAAGGCUCAAAUUUGUCUUCCUUCAUCUUUUUGGUCAGAGUUUAGCAAAAGAUUUCUUGAUAAAAUAUCAUGUAAAGUUAAGUGAAAACCAAAUAACAUCAGAACUUAAAGCAUUCUCACAUGGAUGAAAGUAACUGCAGGCGUUUGUACUGUACUUCUCUUUCCAGGGAGUUUUUUCCAGGAAUCCUGUUCUUUUCCCAACCCUUCCAACUGAGAUGUUCUAACCCCAGGUCCAAUUAAUUCUAGUGACCCGAACUUUGCAGCCUCUUUGCUCUGCUUUUAUGCUGUAUCCAGGCAUUGUCUGAACCCAUCAAUUAAUCUGCUUUCAAACACUUUUCUUUCCUUGAAUCAUGGGGGUGUGAGCAGUUUGGUCCCCCCGUUGUGCCACGGCUCUGUACCAAGCUGAGCCACGGGGAGAUUCAGAUUUUCAGGAGCACUUUGGGCUCUCUUUGAUCAGAUAUAGAAAACCAUUUGCAGUCCAAUGUUUUUGUCAAGAGCAGCCACCCUUUGGAAAUGCGGUUGCACUUGAACUUGGUGGAGUGGAUGCAGAGAUAAUUGUUAUGAAUGAGAAAAGAAAUGAACUGUCUUCAUGUAUUAAAAUGAUAUCAUGAACACUCUAUGGAUGUUUUUAAGUUUUUUUGGUUAAAUACACAGUGAAAGGAAUUGAGAUCAGUUUCUAGGCUCGAUUGAAAUCAAAUGACCCUAAAACAAAUGUCUAUUUUAAACCUUAAAGGGAUAUUCCGGCGUACGUUUAAGUCAUGGUCAAACACACCAUAACACCUAGUAAGACCCCCCCCUCGAGAGAUAAAUUUUGUCAACCGCUUGCUUCUCUCGUUCCACCAACUUCAGCAAAGACCGCACGAUAGCAAUACACAGUGGUCUAUGUCUCAAUGCGCAAAUUGCAGCCAAAAAGCCACUCUAUAGCCACAAACAAUGCUUAAAACAUCACCUAACUUUAUCAACAGCACAUAGAGGGUCCUUGGUAAAAAGAAGACCAAACACAACUCACCCACUGUCCUCCAGCAGCCACUUGUUUGUGGGGGAGCCCUGAGCAGAGUUCCGCAGCUCGCAGAAAGAAAAUUUUUGAUUAUUACUUCAUGGAAAUGCAAUCAGAGUUCUUGUGUAUCUUGUAUUUGCACUGCAGACGUAGUAGUUCUUCGGCCUGCAAUCAGAGUGAGAUGCUAAGGCAGAAAAACGACCACAUCUGCAGUGCACAUACAAGAUACAAAAGAACUCUACACUUACUCCACACUCUACUUACGCCGGAGUAUCCAUAUAAGGUAGAUAAAGUUAUGUAGUUAGUUAUUUGUUUGUUAAUUUCCAGAACAUGCUGUUUUAUUAAAGAUUAUCAAUUUUGAUUGAAAGAAGGAGACGUGCUAACUCUACCAUAUAUAAAUAAAUAUAAAUGCAUACAUUUGGUGUUUAUUUUGAUGUCAUAGUUUGACCAAUAUCACAUCUGGUAUUUUUUAGGGGACAAAGUUUAUGACCUGGACUGUAGCCAGUUAGUGGCAGAGCUGUAAAAUCUUUUGGCUUCGCUGUAAGGAACUGUCAUGUCAUCCAUCUUUUCACUUCCAUAUCCAGAGUACAGAUUCCAACUCCUACUAGGAGUUUUUAUUGUUUAAUUAAUUGUUCAGACCACUUUUGGAGGCAAAAAUCACACAUUGCAUUCAAGUUUAAACAGCUGUGUAUGGUUUGACUGCACAAUGACUCAGCAGUCAUGUGUUUUACUUUCUUGAACUGUAUGCUAAAAGAUCCUCAGAGGUCUCAUUAAUUAUUUUGUAGUUUAAAAGAUACAUUUAUAAGACAUGGACCUUACCUUUAUGUUAUUUGAAUCACUACAGGGUUUGUCCACAGUGUCCAGGGUGAUAGAAGACCAGCCCAGCACCUUGGGCCAGUCUCAGUCAGUCAUGAACAUAACCAGGAUGUCUCCCAAGGCCGACUCUAAGAAGAGGAGGGCCCCUGCACUGCCUGGGGCUCCAACUCCCACCAUGAGCCACACCUACUAUGAGAGCCAUCAGGUGAGUGUAUGAGACAGUUCAACUAAGGUUUAAGCUUUACACUCGAUGUUGAAAUGACACAACAAAAAGGAGCAUUUAUUUAGAAAUUUAACUUUUCACAUCAUGAUAUAAAAGCACAUUUGAAGUUUGCUGAAAUACAGAAGGUUGAAGUACUAAUUUCAUGAAAUGAAAGUUCAUCUCCAUAAACUCAGUUCGUAAAUCAUCAAAACUCUGACCUUUCAGGACUGACCUAAGGGUGUUUUGACCUGAAUGUUAGCUCUUCUAGGUCACUGUAGCCUAUAUCAUCCAGUUAAAAGCAACAGCUCCCUGCAGUCUCAUUACGGUGUUAUAGCAGCAUGCUGGGAAAUGUUGUUUGGCAACCAGUAUCCUUCCUCUCGCCCUCUGAUAAUAGGUUUUGUUUAUUCUGAGGAGGUUGUGUUCUUGAUGGAUGUCGGAGAGGAAAUUUUGUUCUCAGGAAGGCUUUGAAAACAAUGUUAUCCUCUUUAGCCUAAUUAGGCGCACUGAACAGAUCAUGAGGGUGCGGGAGACAUUUCUGAGAACUUAAAAGUUGCAGAUGGUGCUGCAAACUCAAGCCUUUGUCAUCUGUGUGAUAAUGGUUUGUAAAAGACUGAAUAAGUUUGGCAAUCUUAUAAUCUUGUCUCUCAAAUGAAGUUACUUAUUUUUAAGUUAGGCUGAUGAUCUACUCUUUUGAAUCCCUUAAUGUGAUCAUUUUCACAUUUAACUAACAGUUCAUGAUUUCUAUUUGUGGGGCAUUGUGCGUCUUAUUAAGGAGCCCAUUAUAGCUCCAGUAAAUGUUUUCCUACUGACUGUAGUUGUGCAGAGUGAGACUGUAAUUUAUCUGUCCACCUGUCAGAUUAAGAGUUACACCAGACACCAGAGCUGAAAUUCUGAGACACCACUGAGAGUCACAAGGCCGACUUCACAGAACAGAGGUCUGAGAGGUCGCCUAAGGACAUGAUGAUGAUGACUGGCUAUUAAUAGAUCUCUUCAUCUCACUCUUAUACUUUCUGUCAACUGUAACAAAAUCUCACGUAUAUUCAUGCAUGUUGCAAGGUCACAUUGUGGUACAGGACAGCUCUCCUGUUUCACCACCUUUUCUAUUUUCAGCUGUCGCUUUUUAGCAUACAUGAGUGAAUGCUGAAAGGAACUAUGGAGCAGCAGCACAGCAAGAGAAUAGUUCUAGAUGCUUUAGUGUGCAUAAUCAACAUCGAAAUAGCCGCCGUUUAAGUCAAAUGACUGGAAACUGCUUGAGUCAUCACAGGAUAUUGUUUCAUAAGGACAGCAUAUGUGAUUAGCCAGUGUCAUCUGAGGACAGAUUAGCACUAUGCCUUGCUUGUGUUUGUUGUGUGUGUGAUUAGAAAGGAUUUAAUUUCAUGGCACCGACGGGUGUCAUAGCAGCCAGGUCUUAUCGGGCGAGUUUCUCAGGGGCAUUGGCAUUAAAGAGCUCUGCAUGACUUGGAUCAGUGGAACAAUUGUACGUGUCAAAACAAAUCAAAUCACAAUCAAAAUCUAAGUUGUACUUUCAGUUUUACAUGUGAUUUGGCAUGGUAGAGAGUGGCCAGAGGCAGUAUUAGGCUAUUCUAAGAGACAUGUUUGCAUGUCUGUUAAGGAGGGCAUCACCCUCCAGAAAGUUCAAGCUGAAGGGAAAACAGAUGUCACGCAAUACUCUUAGAACAUUGUGGUUCAGAUACAGGUUUGUCGACCAGGGAUUGGCUGGAAGUGCGCCAGCUUGCCUGCUAGAACUCACACAUGAUUUAUAACCUUUCAUUUGUGUUUCUUGUAUUCCUUAUGUUUACUGGCUUUUGCUGACUUAGACUUGUCAUGCACCAGAAAAAUUUCCUCAAUCCUGCAGCUUUAAACAACAGUUUACCUAUGUUAUGUGGAGUCUCUGUACAUACCCUGUAAGAAUGUAUGUGCCAGUGUUUGUGUUUGUGUAUGAGCUUGACGAGGAUUAGAAACAUGAUAGCAGGUUGUCUGAGGACAGCUUUCUGUGAACUGGCCUCAUUACAAACUUCCCACUGUGCAGAAUGAGCUUAGGUAGACUACUAAUUGUAAUGUACUGGAUACAGUAAUAGACACUGACUUCAUGAUAUAAGGUAUGAGGAUGAUAAGAUUGUUUUAACGAACUCAGCUGCUGAAAUUGUCCCUGGAGGGACAGGGGUCAUCAGGGCUGGUCAUUUAAAUAGUUGUAGGAACGUUGUUGGAUUAACGUCUUUGACAAAAUUAGCAAGGACUCAAUCUCCUCAUGGUCACAGAGUAAGUAUUUGUCAAAUUGAGAGUCAUAUAUGAGGGCCAGAUGAAAGGUCACCACACGACAUGAAUCUAGGUUCUAUUUUCUUAUAUAAAAGUCUGAAAGGGUUUUCCUUCUCACAUGUUUCUUUGUUUUCUUUUGUUUGGGAAUUUCCCAUUAGUGGGACUAAUAAAGGAGUAUCUUAUCUUUUCCGGAAGAGAGCGAUCAAUAUCUGAUUGAUGCACUGUUUGUCAAAAUAGAAUUAAAACCUGAACUAUAACUAUUGUGUAAACCUCUUUGUUAGUAUCACGCUAUCAUUAGAACGGGUACUAUGUUUAUCUAAAUAUACUUCCUCCAGUUCAUGAAUAAAGCAGGGCUUGACACUAACUUUUUUCACAAGGAGCACAUGUGCCCCUAAGUCAAAAAAGUAAGGAGCACACAAAGAACUUUCGGGGGACAAAAAACCCACCCAAAAAUUUUUGGAGGACAAAUAUGAGAAAAAAAGAGGUGCGUCUUAUCAUCCUACCUUGGUACUAUUAUUUGAAAUCAAUUUUAGGUCAACUGGUCACAUGACAUGGAAGCCAUUGAAGAAAAACGGCCUUUUAUGAGAACAUCAACCAGUAAUUUAUUGAUAGUCCCUUAUUCAACCGUGACAUCAACAGCAAUGUUGCCGAGUGGAUUUAACUGCGCUGCUGAUGCCAUUUCCAGUUAUGUAGAGUGAGAAGACACCGGUAGAUCCGCAGUGAAUGUCCAUCGCCUAUCCAACCCAAAACUAACUUCACCGCAGUAUUUACAUGAGAAAAUUUGUUGCUGCUGCUUCUUUUUAUUAUGCGCACGUGUGCCCCUAAAUACAUUUUACAAUUCACACACAUCUAUUUUUAGUGGCAAAUGCAAGUGAAACGGUCGCACUGUUGAGACCUGCAAAGUUAAUUCAAAAACAUGUUUAACCCCUUCAAGCAGUGAUUAUAGCACAAUCUUUUUCCUUAUAUGAUACUGUCUCACUGUUAUUUAGCGAUACAAAGAAUAGUGAAACUAAUUUAUAAAAAAUAUUUGAGUUACUGAAACUGGUUAGAGAUUUUCUUUUGAUGAAUGAAUGAGAGACGUUGAAUAGCGUCCUCUCAAAGCUAUGCUAGGUGCUUGUUUCUGAAUGCUAAUGACAUGGACAACAUGUCCAAGCAACAAUCCUUUUUCCAUAGCAGACCGUCACUAGGAAGCCUCGAUCAGAGUCUAUAACUGACCAGUCAGUCACACCAAACUUCCAAGAGUCGGCUGGUAAAUUUGGGGACAGAUUGUUAAUGGUGGGAAAACAAGAUAAGAGGCAAAGAAAUCUGAGAAAAGACAAGAGAGAAUGAAGGCAUAAAAAGUAGGCGUGUUAGAAAAACCUACAAAACCGAGGAUAGCACUUGAGGUAAACACUCGAAAGAGCACAGUAUGGUCGCAGACCCUGACAGUGACAAGAGGAAAAAAAAAACUCUUGUUCAUAUAAUUCAUGGUUGCCUAGUUUUACCUUACCUGAAACCUAAGCUAGCUCAUUGUAAGGGGGCUACAGAAAUAACCUUUUGACAGAGGCAUCUUUUUUUAAUCAAUAAAAUGAUUUUAAGUCGUGAUUCAGGACAAAAGCAUUAUUGUUUGUAGCUAAUAGUCAUGAAAAAAGCAGGAUAAUGUCGAAGAAGGGGAUGCUUUGUGUCAUGUCCUGCUCAUCCUUUUGAGUUCAUAACCUAUAAUAACCUUCUCAUAUUACUUAUUGAAUUUUUAUAUCUUAACUCCUGUGCAGUUAGAAGUUUUGUCUUAAAGGUAAGAGUAUAUUAAUGUUAGGGUGUUGGCACAACAACUUUAACGCAUCUGAUCAGGAUCUUGUUUCAUGUACAGUAAUGAAAGUGGAUCUUUGACCUUUUUGAUGUCUGAUGGAAAAGUUUCUAUUUACAGUAGUGAGAAUGGAAAUAGUGAUAGCACUGAGGGAGACGACACAGUUUUCCAGGAGGAGUGUAAAGUCACAUUUGACUGCAGGAGAAUCAGAUGUUUUCACAUGCCGCAGCCGUCAUGGAGGCAGAGAAGUUUACGGCUUUGUUUCUUCAGCUGAACAAUCAACAAGCUGUGUCAGUCUGUAUGAGAGCAGCGCCCAGCUAAAUUAUGUUUUGGAACAUUGAGUUCAGGGAAACACAGCAGUGAUAGGCUAUCUGUUAUUGUGGUUUGGAAGGGAAGCCACGUCUGCACGGCCUAUUGUGAUAAAGCAGUUCAGAGAAAUUCUGAGCUCUGUGCUUCACUGCACAGCAACAGAAGGUGCUUCUGUUGUAAGUGCAUUUUUGCCCGUUUUUUUUUUUUUCAUGUGCAGCACUGAAGAUAAACGCAGAACAACUAGAGCAAUGAAUAAGCAAGGAGAUUAACAGCUAAAGAGAGAAAGUAGGUGACUCAGAGGUUCAUGGACAGACGCAGAAAGUGAGUGCAAGGUAACAGUAGGUCUUACGUGGCUUUACAGGCUUAACAUGUGUGCAUUUGUGUUGUGCAACAUUAACAAUGUAUUACCUUUAGGAUCUCAUUUCUAGAAGUCAGGAUAGCGUGAAAUCUGGUUGGCACACCCUCACCUUGCAGAAAGAGGACAAGGUAAAGGGAACAAGGGAGAAGUUCAUCAGAGGACAAGCUGCAGCAAAGGGCAGAAGGUGACAGAGUAAAAAGAUCAGUGGAGAGAAAGGUCUGCAAGUGUUCUCAGAAGUAUUCCCUCCAGCAUAAAGACUUCAAGUUUUACUGCAUUUUCACGGCUCCCAUAUUUCAUUUCAAUUGACAUAUUUGGAUUCCUCUAAAAAACGGCUUUAUUAGUGCGCUUCAAAGUAUAAAAUGAUCAAACAUGUAACUCAAAAAUUAGGUGACUUUCAGAGUUACAUGUUUGUAGACCUGGAGGAGAACUCUGGAAAAAUUGAUUUAUAAUACAGCCAAUCAAGCAAGCCAAAAGGGGGAAAGCCAUAAUUCACAUCACAUCUGUUUGCACAGGGAAGUAAGUGCUGGUGGAGGGAUUGAACUGUGAUGGCUGUCUCUCAGCUGAAAGAGAACAAAUGAACCAUGCUUGCAGAAACAAUGCUGCAACUGUGUGAGAUUAACACUACCGAGGGAGGCCUGUUGUCAGGUUAGAGAGAGAGUUUCCAGAGAGGAUUUUGACACUGUUAUGAUAUUGCUGAUUUGAUUUUAAACAGAAGCAUUUGCAACUCUAUAUAUGACUAACAUUCUGUUUAUGAUAUGCUUCAGUGUUGCUCUGAUUUCUGUCUUCUAGCCUCUUUUACAUCAUUGUAGGGCCGGUCGAUAUGGGAAAAAGUUUAUCACGAUACAUGUUUUUCAGUUGAUGGCAAUAUAUAUCAAUGAUAUAUAAAAAAUAAAAUUUAACAGUGCUUAUUGGUAGCAUGUCUUUUGCCAUACAAUGAGCUACUGCAUCUGUGAGGUCUUUGUUUUCCUUCAACGUUUUGUUGUAAAGUGUUGCGCCAGAGAAAGCGGACUGAAUGGUCGGUUGUUUCAGCUGCACAGGCACUAUAGGCUCCUUACUCCGCUCCGGGUUUGUAACCUUUUGUAUUGUGCAUGCUCUAGCGCGUGGCGCUGCUUCAGGUGGUGAAAAAGAUUUAAGGUAUUCCCAGACUUUCGAGAACAUGUACUCAACAUAAUUUGCACUGCACAUUAAUCUGCUUCUUGUCCGACCUCAAAAAACAAAACAUCACCUCACCACCGACGUUUCCGUGUAAGUGUUGUCGACAGUAUCGUUGAGCCUUCAUCUACAUGUCUGCCGGGGGUAGCACUCAUUUUCUUUAUUUCUCACCGACAGCGCUGUCGGCUUCACAUGUUAAAGUGCUAUGGUUGCGUGUAGAUGCAACCUGUGACUACGCAGUUGUUUGCUACUUGGUUCUAAUUCAGUACAUGAUUGGUUCAGCGCAAAGCAGAACCGGAGCAACUCCCCUUUUCAUGGGCUAUUCAUAUAGUCUACCAAAACACGGCAGAAUGCUGACUAUCGAAAAGCAUAUUGACCAUGUGUUAUCUUAAUAUUGAGGGAAAUUAAUUUUUGAUAUCGUUAUCGUUUCAUCGUCCAGCCCUACGUUGUUGCAUGGAUUAGUCUCUGUGCAUGCUGCAUCCUUUCUGGGUCUGUUUGGUUUCUUCAUUGAUCAAGCUGGCUAUGUUUUUCUUCCUGUGUGUCUGCAAAGCAAGAGACUUGGCAGCAGAUGAAGGCUUGUUUUUCACAGCCAUCCAUCAGUCCCACAGUGUCCAUAACUGUAACUAACUUUAAUCUGCACUAAUGCACUGCUCUGGUUUAAUCAAUCAGACAAAAGACAGACUGCUACUGGAUCUGUGUUCAUGUUUGAGCAUUGCUGCAAGGGUUCGUCUUUCUUUCAUUCUAUCUGACUGCGCUUUGGUUUUGCUUUCCAUCUGCUUUUUUUUUUCUUUCCUCUUUUAUACUCCCCCUUGAUAUCAGAUUUUCUUUUGUUCCACACCCUUUGUGUUGUCCUUUUAACAGUACUUGUGGUCUGGUCACAGCUUCACUCGACAAAAACACCCUCCACUUAACAUCAUAAACAAAGAUGGUCAGCCUUUCUGCUGCAGGGUUUCAUUGCUCCAAGUCCCUGUUGAAUUUGUGGUUUAUAAGGCUUGGCGUUUAGAUAAAAAUCUGAGUGAACGAGAGAGCAAAACAAAGCAGGGUGAAAGCAAGGCAGUAGGGAGACAAAAAAAGGAAGGUAGCCUGGGUGUUCCUGUUGUGAGAUGUCAAUUGAGGUUUGGCUGGAUGUACAGAAGGAUGUUUACUCGUUUUCCACAUGUUCCAGAGUAUCUCUCCUCACACUCUGAGGGAACAAAACAUCUCUUUUUGAAACAGUUGGAAGCAGAUCAGAAAAGUGGCUACUACUGCCAAAGCAAACAGGCAGCUUUUGGUCUGCUCUUCUCUCAAACGCAAUCUAAAUGCUUUGUGAAAAGCUUUAUUUAUUAAUAUUCUGCACUUCGCACUAACUGUUGCCAAAAAAAAAUCGUAUUUAUUUUAAUUUCAUCCUAUUUCUACCCUCCUUCUCGAUACAACUUGUAUUUUCAAGAGCAAGUGUAAUGAGUGAAUGUCCCCCGCGGGUCAGAUAAAGUGAUUUGGUUUGGAUUCUGAUUCUAUCUUAAGAGCCUCUGUUUGUAUUAAUCUGUACAAAAAAUUUAACAGCAGGUGUUGAGGCUCUAAUAAUGUCACAAUAUACAUUCUGCAUGCAUGAAAUAGCAAUCUAACUACAACAUGGCUAGGUUGGUGCUUAUGAAUUACUUUAGAGCAACGGCAGGUGAAUUGAAAGUACUGUGUUUUUCAGUUUUAUCUGAGUGAUGUUGAAUGCUGGCUUACUUUUUAGCCUCAUUUACUUUGGCCAUUGUCUAUAAAGGCAUUCAACAACAUAAAUAUAAUUUUAUUAAUAUACAAAAUGUCUAGUACUGUUAUGUCUGCUUGAUGCUGUUACUGUAGAGAGACGCUGUAAGCCCUCUAUUCUUACGCACUGACCUUGAAGAUUUUAAAAGUGUGAGUAAGGGGCCUAGAAUAAGAGACCACGUCACCCUGCCAUGUAGGACAGGAUCCAUUUGCACUUAAAGCUGUCAAAACAUCUUGUCUAUGACACCAGCCAGGAGGAGAUGGGACGAACAAAUGAAGCGCAUGUAUGUUUGUGUCACUUUCAAACGGCUUGUGGCUGCACCUGGAUGUGUGAAGAGCAUGUGUGGUCCAGCUAUUAUGUGUACAUUGUGAAAAUUCCUCUAAACAUGAAUGGAUUUACAGAAAACUAUGAGAAUAUAUUGAAAAGUAAUCAGCUUUCUUUUUAGGAUUUUUAAUCACCACUUUUUGUAUAAAUGAUAUAUAAAUGUAAAAUGUUCAUUUUUAUAAUUAUGUUUUUGUGCAGCAGCUACUGAAAGUAGAGUCUAAAGCUCAGUAGAUGUAAAACUUAGAUUUUAACAAUUGGUUUAGCAGUGGUACGAUGAAUGCCGUUUCCUCCCUAAACUUUAAAAAAAGAGUCUGUUUAUCAGCCAAUAAUUGCAUGAAAUUCCCUGUACAAUUGGUGGAAAUAUUCAUCAACAGUUGAAUCCAGAAUUAUUUUCCCUGGCACAAAACAACAGGAAUUUUAAACCAUGCUUAAGGAAAUACAUGAGUGCUUGUUUUUUGGUUCCUACAGUGAUGAAUGUUUCUGGAGGAUCUGGGUAGUUUAGUUUUGUCUGAUUUUUUGGCUUCUUGUGCUUCUGAACAGCUGUCAUUGUAAGCAACAAGAUUUCAAACUCAAACCUGCACCACUGUGUCCAGUAUGUGGCCUAAGAGCUUUAUUCAUCACUUGUUAAAUGCAUUGAUGUAUUGCCUACAGACAGGUAACCGCUACUAAAUAAAUAGAUUUAAGUGUAAAAAAAUGAAAAACUUCAAGAUAACAGCAAACUUUAGUGGGUUAGUAGGACAGAAUAGAUGACAAUGGAACUGGGUCAGUCAUGCAUCUUCUUAUCCUUAGCUAGCCUCUUCUCCACCCCCCCACCACCACUACAUACACACACAUAGACACACAUAACACAUUGUUAAAAUUUUUUACAUAAAACUCUUUUCAUGUUGCAUCCCACAUGCUCACACAAGUUCAUUAGAACACAUGCAUACACGCUAACUGUCUUCCAGCCUACUGGAUGUUUUUGACCUCAAUGCCCUCACAGCGUUGAGACAGUUCAGCUGCUAUUAUUAUCUCUGACACACACACACACAUAUACACACAACAUAGAUGAAUGUAUUCAUGCAUGUUGACAUGCACAAGCACACACACAUAUACCCCCCCCCACACACACACAUACACACACAUACAUACUCCAUUUCACAUUCCACAUUAGCGCUGUAAUGUUGCUCUGUCUCGAAGCCCCUCACCCAUCAAGAGUCCUUCGAAACAACUGAUGAACGGUCACGCAACAGGUUGAAGCCUCCAUGGGUGGCCCUAUCUGAUCAACAUGCUCCAACAUGGGGCCCUUCGCCUCUCAACCAUGGAGUGGAAAAUUUAAUGAACACACCAGACUGUCCUGGCAUGGCCUCCUGUGUGCUUUUGUAUGAAUGAGCAUUCCCUUUAAAAUUUACCCAUGUCCACAUGUGCUGUGUUGUUCCUUAAUCAUUCUCUAAUGGGGGGGGGGGGCUCACCAACUCAAAGAAAAGGAAAAUUUUGAAUGAAUUAUAAGAAAAAAGCAUUUUUAUGAGAGACAAUUGCUGCUUGUUCAAGGUGUGCACAUUGUGAUUGGUGUAGUGCUUCAUCCUGAUGUGAUGAAUGUGUUUGUUUUGUUUUUAGAUGGAGGUUAGCCUCAUUUAAAACAAUGGAAUCAGACAGUGGCAAAGGAAGUCUCUACAUCCUUAUUUAAUCAACAGAAAUUAACAGACUGAAGAUGAUUUGCUGUUUGCAUAUCUUAAAGUAUGUCUGUUUAUAGAUAAAUCCCGCAGAAGGUGGACAAUUGUUUUACCUCUUCUUAAAUAAAUAUUCAAUAUGACAGAGUAUUACAUACCAGUGUGGCUAAAUCUAACUUUUGACCAUAAAGCUUUGCCUUAAAAAGAUUGAUCACCUGCGUACUUUUGCCUCAAAUGAAUAUUUUGUAACAGUUUAUGUAUUUCAUAAUUCAGUUUUAUCAUUUAAGAUUAGACUGCAGAAUUUUCCAGAGAACCUAAAAAACCUAAAAGCUCCCCCUCCACAUUGAAUUUGUAUGAGUGCAAUGUCCUACAAACAACGAAGGUUUCAGGGGUAGCCUGGACUUGAAGUGGCUCGAUAAAUUCAAAUAUACUGAGGUUUUGGCUGGUGAGCAAUGUGCACUCAGAGAGGCUGGCUUUGGAGCAUUGAGUAUAGUGAUAAUUAAGAAAACCAUAUUACACGCUGUCCAGAAGAGCUCGGCAUUGCCACUGAUUGCCUCACUGUAUUUCUUUACACAAGGUCUUGAUCCAAAUUCAGUUUGAUCACUGAUCCAAUUCGUCAUAGAUUUUUGGGGGAUAUUCGUUUACAUUAGCAUUAUUAUUAUUUUAAAGAAAUCCUUGUUCGAAGAUUUCAAUCUAAAAUUUUAUAUGAUGAUCUUUUAAAGGCUGCUUUAGUAAUGUCCUUCCUAAAACACAUACUAAUAAACAUUGUGCUGGACUUUUGACUAUGUGCAUGCAUUCCUACAUUCACUAUCCACUACAGUAGAGUUUAGUACGCAGAUGUUUUUGAUGUUAUGCCCCAUUUUUUUAUUUAAGCAGCUGUAGUGUGUUGUAGAAUAGUAAAACAUAGAGCAGUGUCUCUAUGGUGUGGAUAUUAAUGUGGAAAAGCCCUUCAUGUCAGGUCCUUUGAGUUCUGGCAAAAAAAAAAGGACUACUUGAUCAUUUUACAUUGAUGCUCAAUGCAGUGUCAGAACAAUCCUGGGGCUUUGUAGGUAUAACCUAGCAAACAAAUUGCAGCCUCAGUCUUGUUUUUGGGCACAUAGAGAGAUACAAUAAAAUAAAUACAAGAACUGUAUUGAACUUUAUUUAAGGUAACUUGAAGGGAAAAACCUCUGCUAAUGGAGUUUGUCUUAGAUUGUACAUUUUUUCAGAUCAUAAAUCCUGGUGGUGCCUGGUUAAAUGGUUUUCUGUCUUUAAGGAUUGGGCUUUAAUGUUCAUCAAUGUUCCCAGAGGACCAGCUCUGUUCCUGCCAUGUUUGUUCUAGAGUGCCGGCUAUUUUUUGGUUUCACGUUAUGAAGGGACCUGUCAAAGAGUUGUCCUUUUUUGCCCCAUCACUCACUUACACAGCUUUGUUUCUGCUUGUGAUUUGAUACAACAUGACUUAGUAUACUCACAGUGUCAAAAUCUGAUGCUUUGGCUGUCCUUUGCUUUGUUGUGACUUGACAUGUAAUGUCAUGUCAUGAGACUUGAGCAAAAGCAGCCAAACUUGAAGCAGUUUUAAGUGUAGCAGAUGAAAUAAACGGUAUCUUUACUCCAAUGAUGUCCUUCUUUGUGUAAUCAAAAUUUAAACAGCACAGCUGCAGAUGUAAAAUCAGGGAACAGCACACUUAAACACAGUGUAUACAUAAUCAUAUUACACAGUCAGCUGAACUUAAUGUACAGUGUGACCUUGAAUGUGGUAUAAUACAGAGUCUUGAGUCUUGGCUUCAGUCUCUAACCAUCUUAAGUACAUGCUGCGUUCCCCGUCAUGGCGCCAAUAAACCCAUGAGAGCAGCACACACUUAACCCUGCAAACCCUUAACAAGUCCCUGAUCCAUACACCCAAGCUCAGCCUGACAUAUGAGAUAUACCCUUCCUUCUUGUGUGUGUGUAUGUGUUUAGAUGUGUGCAAGUGUGUAAAUGCUCAUACAGUCACACAGAAAUGUAUGUGUUGGUGUGUGUUUGUGCUUGGCCAACGCUCUUUUUCUAACAGAGCAGGGCUUGGCUGCAGUCUUAUGUUUCACUCUGCAAGGAGCACACACAUAAACACACACGCACACACACACACACACACACACACACACACACACACACACACACACACACACACACACACACGCACACACAAACUCACAUCUAUCUUCUUGGGCAAGUCAGUCAUCCAUUUCAGCUUCAACUUUGGCCGACAUCCACUGAUGUGUUCGUAUUCAUGUAUGUAUGAAUGCCACAGAGGCUGAGAAGCGGGAGACGCAGGAGGAGAAAGACAACCAGUUGGGGGGCUGUUGGGGUCUUAUGUCUAUAGCAUGCCAUGCACUGAGUUCACUGAGUUCACAUGUGUGAACCCAGUUUGCCUGCAGUAAGGCAAGGUAGCCUGAUCUCUCUCUUGUCCUGCUGCAUGAUGCAACACUACACGCAGCUCCAGGCAUGUUCUCUGUCGAGUUUUCAAAGUGAAGAAAAGUUGAACUCUGAUGCAGUAAUUGGGAUUUUUAAGAAAUAAGGACAUCUGCACUGUUGAAACCUGCCCAUGGCACUUUUAAAUUGAUUCUUAGAAAUCUGACUGAACAGAGAGUGAGAUCAGCUUGCAUUGGAGGGUGUGAAUGGUCUCAUUGCCCAGUGGAAUAAAACAGAGAAUUUCCCUCUAAUUAGCUUGUAAAUGAUUCAUAGUUUUAUCCCAUCUGCUUUUUUUUUUUUUUUUAUUCCUCCCUGUCUUUCAGCGCAUUAGUGUUAUGAAACAGCAGUUGACAGAUUUCUGUUGAACAGUGAAUGACACAUGAUAUCAUAUUACUCCUUCCCCGUCAUUAAGUUCUUACCUAAGUGACUGAAGUCUUACGUUUGCCAACACUUUUGUCUGAUUUGAAUCGACAGAGUUGUGGAGACGAACACGACAUGUUCUUGUUUUGUGUUUGCACACAUACUGAGGGAGUUACAUCAUCUUACUAAUAAGCGCUGCAACUUGGCUGUCACUUCACCCCUGAAGUGAUCACCGAUUCAGUUUUGAAGUAAUUCAGCCGGACAGCGUAACCUUUGAAUCAAGUCUCUUUGAAGAAUUGGAGAAAAAACACGGUAAAAAUACACAAACAGUAUCAGUAUGUGCUAUGGCAACAUCACUGCAUCACCGUUUCACUCCCAGACGUUAUAUGUCAUGUUGUAGGACAAUUUAAAAGGAAUGUUGGCACAGUGAUAGUUUCGAGGACUCAAACGCCUGCCAGAACUCCUUUUGAUUUAAUUACUCAGUAGUAAACUCUGCGUCAGUCCUGGAAGACAGGCUGAUUUAUGCUCAGACCACACACACAUACACACACAUAUGCGCAAGGUGCUCACGAUAAUUAACUUUCUACUGUCUCUCUCCAUUUCUUCGUAUUUUCUAUCAGAUGGGCCUUGGUUCAGAAAGCCAACUGAGGAAAAGAAAGGCUCCAGCCCCUCCUCCUACCCCUGCCUCCAUCACCCCAGGCCCUGAGGACACUUCACUCUCUUCAGCUCCCACCCCCGACAGCCCCACGACCGAAACACCAACCCCAGACUUCCAUACAAAAGUGGUACAGUCAACUACGAUCUCUACUUCUACUGUGGUGGUGCAAACAGUGAAAGCAGCCCCCCUGAAAACAGCAGAACCCCCUCCACCUUUGCACUCUGCAGCCCCAACCUCCAGUUCCCCAACCCCUAGCAGCAGCACCACAGACAGCUUAGCGAUCCAGGAUUCAAGCUCUGAGCUCAGCCACAGCCUCGACGACUCAGAUGCCGACCUAGACCAGGCGAGCACCCUCACCAGCAGCACAGCCAGUGAGUCUGUGCAAGUCCAGUCCUCUAAAAGCACCAGGAGCAAGGUGGAGGAAUCUGAAAAGAUCAACAGUGUCAAAGUAAAUCAAGAGGCUUCGUCAGCCAGCAGCUCCCGGUCCGAAACUGAGUCAGCCCUUAACCUGAAACUGGAUGAAGUUGAGAACCAGAGACACAGCGCAAUGGGUAAAUAUGUACACAAUAGCGUAACAGAUACUCAAAUCACAGCACCUUCCAAUUCACCUUAAAUACUGGAGCAAGUAAACACAGCUGAUUAUAAUUAUGUUAACAGGUCAUAAAUACAAGCCUCUUGAUAACACGGCAUAAUUAUUCUUAGUGGUUACCAUGAAUUGCAUGAAUCAUGGGUGUAGUCUCAGUCGUGUCACUAAUUGAUUUCAUAAGAGGUGUUAUGAGGCCCAAAAAGAGACAGUGCUGUACUGGCUGACUUUGGCUAUCUUUCAACUAAUCGAGAAACUGCUGUAGAGGUGGAGUUGCAGUCAUAGCCCACUUGUCAAUCAAAUCAAAGACCCUGCUUAUGCUUAACUUUUAGUUUGGAUUGAGCAAAAUUGAAUAAGGUACAAAAACACCCCUCCCCCGCCUUUUAUUAAAUAAGGAAAUGAGACCAAAAUCAUUUAUGUAUUAGGCUGUAAACAUGGGUAUUUUAAUAUGGGCUCUAAUGGGGAUUGGGUCCAGCUCUUGGUGGAUACAAGAGGAACUACAACCUUUUAAUAAAAGUCAAAUUUGAACAUCUCUCAGUUAACUUUAACUUUUAUAGAUCACAGACUCAAACACUUUUAGAUAAAAAAAAAAUGGUUUAGUAGAUUAGCGACAGGGAUAAUACUCCAUGACAAAAGAUAAUUAUUAUAAUAAAAUCCCAAAACCACCAGAGGACAUAAGGCUGUAUUGAGAUCAGCCUGUUGUAUUUCCAUUUCCAUUCCAUUAAAUUAAGGCUUAAUUCAUCUUACCCUUAGCUGUAAUAUCUUCUACUGGUUAUUCAGAGUUUAUUUUACUUUAAACAUGCUGGUAUGUAACAUUUUCAGGUUAGAAAACAUAAACUAUUUCUACUCAUUAAAGAAAAUGAACUUGGCCGUUGAUCACUGAGCCCUUGCAGCGAUGGUAAACAUUCAGUAAGUUCGAGAUUUGUGACAGCCUCAGAUUUGCCCUCAGAGCUUUUUUUUUCACCUUUUAGAAAGUGACUGAAUGUCUGCCCUGAAGAGCCGAACUGUCACACUGCUGCAACAUCUGAAACUUAAACUGUCAAGAAUGACGUCUGUAACCUGGUGAAAGUGUGUGUGCGCGUGUGUGAGCGCACACGUGUCAUGGCUGAAGUACAAAAACUAGAGGAUCUGGUUUUCAUCAUAACUCGAGACAAUACAGUCCUUGUCUUUUGCCUCCUCUUAUCAAUCUCUUACUGUCUUCUUAUCUCUCUCUCUCUCUUUUUCCCUCUUUCGCUCUUCCUCCAUCCCCCUCUUUCAUUCUCUCUCUCUCUGUCUGUCUUAUAUGCAUGCAAACGCUUGCAUCAACCUUCAAAGCUGGCAGAUGCAAAGACAGACAGAUCCAUCAUAGAUUUAAACAGAAUCUACUUGAACUUUCACUGGCCUUCUAUUGAUCUUUAUAUAACCUCGAUCUCUUUCCCCGUAGCAACGUGAGAUUGCAACGAGAGGGCCGCUGUGUCUGACAGGGGCAGAGAUGAGAGAGCUGCAGACCUCAGAAAAGGGAUGAGAAAGGUGGCGGUUGCAGAAUGGAGUUCAGAGGAAGGAGCAUGGGAAGGUUUUGGCAGCCGGAUGACAGGGAGGAAAGGUGGAAGCAAGGGGACUAGAGGGGUUUAAGGAGAGGGGAAUGAUGGACAGGCAGAUAGAAGAAAGCGAAAGGAUGAAGUAUGAGGAGGUUGGUCUCUUAGUCAGGAUAUAACAGACAUCAGCGGGAUCAUUAAUAAAUGUAUAGACCCAGGUACUUCCUCUCUCUCUCUGUCCUGGCAGUGCUGACAGUGCAUCAUCUUCUCUCCUUUGUUUUUCUUUGACUCUCUCUCUACUUCCAUUCUUCUGUUUCCCAUACAGUAUCUACAAUGUGGCUUUAUGGUAAAACUGUUUUUUUUUUCUCAAUAGCUUCAUUCUCUCCAGCGGUCUUUCUCAUCUUAAACUUUUCUUGUGACCACGAACAAGAUAUUUUUCAGUUACCUCACUUUUACAUAAAUGAACAGAUGAUGUCUUGGCAGGGAGUAAACAGCUGGUAUACGUGUUAGGGCUAGACAGCUACACCCAGCACGCACAGCAUAGGGUGGUGUCCUCAUAUGCAUGUAUAGGCAGGGACAGAAAUGUACACAGUGCAUUUAUUAGCUUUAAGUAAGUCUGUCAUUUCUAUAGGCUUGAUUCAGUCUUUAAUUUAUGGAGGUUAAAUUUAGCCUUUCAUUUGAGCAAAAUUGAUGUAUAUGUUCAACCGUAAACUGUAUGUCAUUUGCUCGGAGCUUUGUGAUGAAGACGUCAGUUUUAUAGAAACAGAGGUUGAGAUGCAGACCAGUCAAUUUAAAGUGAAACUGCAACACAAAACAGCUCUUAAGUAUUUUUUUAAUUCAGGUUUUAUGUAAUGUACUUAAGAUUUAUACCAAACCUUAAAACGGAGUGCUUUGCAUGUGCAAGCAUGGGUGUCAAAUCAGAACUUCUGCAGCAAUGAAAACUGGCUCCAGUUAAGGGUUUUCUUUCUUAUUUUUAAUAGUUGUGAAAAAAAAAAGUCAUACAUAUGUAAUAUCGACUUUUAUUCAGAAGUUGGUAUAAAUAGCAAACUAGUGCUUCCUCAACAGCCUCCACUGGCUAAUACUACUGUGGUUUUAGCAGAGGAUGUAAUACAUGAAUGCAGUGCAUAUUUAUGUGAUCAUGCAAGACAUCCUUUUUAGCUGCUGUUGGGAAUUUUUGCUUGGCGCCCCCUGUGGACAAAGUAAUCCCUCUCAUCUCUUGUCCUGUACAUAUAAAAAAAGUGUUUUCAGACAAAACCCACAUCCCGUUGUCUUAACACAGUGAUGUGUUUUAUUCACUAUGAAUUUUUGCUGUGGAAAAAAGUUUAAAAAAGGCAGUUUCUUCAACCUGCUGUCAAUUAUCUGGUCUAACACCUGAUAAUUUCUUAAAAUACAAUUUAGAAAUGACCACUAUUAUUACUGAUGGUCUUAUUUUUUUAGUAUUAGUAUCAGUUUUAGUCUCUUCUCAACUUGUUCAAAAACUCCCAACAGUAACUUUAAAGUAAACACAGAACUACAAAGAAACAUCUUAAGAUCAUGUUGUUGUAAUUUGGCAUUUGGGUCAUUUAUGGGCACGAAGGGUACAACUAGAAAGUGCAACCAUUGUUAUCACUUCUGAAAUUUUGUGUGUGACUGUGUGUGUGUUUUAAUGUAUGGGUGCUCAAAAGCUAUCAAGGUUAUGAUGUUGUUGUUUACCUCCUGAACCCUGCAUGCUGUUUCACUUCCCUCCUGUUGUUGACAACAGAGUAAACAGAAAAAGCAGCACACUGACAGCACCUGCUGACUAAGACCCAGCACACUGAUGCAUCGCUGGUCUUUUAAGGACAAUGGGUUGCUUUAUUUCACCAGAACUCUUUACAGUAGUUUGAAAGCUUUUGCCCCUUCAGUCCACUGUGUUAGCCAGAUUGAGUUUGCCCUAUUAGUCAGUCCACACUUGAUUUAGAAUCACUUGUCUCUGGCAUUUCGUGCAUUAAGGUCUUCAUACAUUGCACACCGAUAUUUGAAUAUCUUGUACAAGCAACCUUUUUAAGUCAAGUCAGCUUGGUUGUUUUUGUUUGUUUUUUUGUUGGCUUGUAAGAGUUUUUAUUGAUAGUGAAACAUACUCUUUGAAUACACUCUUUAAAUAGUAAUCACAUCAAGCACUCAAACAUCACCCAACACCAUUGAAGUUAUUGAAAACCAUGUCAACUUCGGGCUGGGCGACAUGGGAAAAAGUUUAUCACAAUACAUUUUUUUCACAUCAGUUGAUAUCGAUAUAUAUCACAAUAUAAAAAAUGAAAUUUAACAGUGCUUACUGGUAGCAUGUCUUUUGCAGUAAAAUAAGCUACUGCAUCUGUGAGGUCUUUGUGUCUGUUCGACAUUUUGUCGUAAGGUGUUGCGCUAGAGAAAGCGAACUAAAUUGUCAGCUGUUUCGGCUGCACAGGCGCCACUAGCUCCUUGCUCCACUUGGGGUUUGUAACCUUUUGCAUUGCACGGACCAAUUCCCCUUUUCAUUGGCCAUUCGUAUAGUCUACCAAAACAUGGCAGAAUGCCGAAACAUGGCAGAAUGCCGACUAUUGAAAAGCAUAUUGACCAUGUUAUAUAUUGAUAUCGAGGGAAAUUAAUUUUUGAUUUACAUCAUCAGCGUUUUAUCGCCUAGCCCUAUGUGAACCUGGUUGAGCCAUGUUAAAUAUUUUUAAUCUGCCAAACUUCAAAUGUAUAGAGUUAGAUUUUGUUACUUGUUAAAAAUAAAUACACCUUAUUUAUUCAUUGAUACCGAGAGCUGUAGCUAAUGUGCAGAACAGUAAAAAGAUCAACUCCUAUAACCCUACCAAACCUUUUUGUUUUUGAUUCCCUGAAAACUUCAGUCUGUCCUUUACAGACCUUUGUUGCCAAAGUUGGGCCCCACGUCAUAAUAACUUGUGAAAUUCCACAGCAGCAGUGGUAAACACUUAGAUAUGAGUGUACUGUAAACACUUGAGAAGCUUACAGUACUCCAAGAGUGAUAACCUUCAUGGUUGAGUAGACAAAGGACGAGUUUCUACCGACAGGAACUCAAAGUCAAUCAGCAGAAAAUCCAAAGAUAAAAAGCCACUGUCUGAAAAACAAGUGAAGCACAAAAACACAGGAGUUUCCAGGGGAAUAAAAAAACACAGAUCGAGGUGAUAACAUGCUUUUUGUGUCUCUUUCAGUUUGUAUGAAAGAUGUUUGUGUAAUGCUCCUGGUGUUUCCAUCAAUAACCAUUGGUGCCUGCCCUGCCUGCAUGCUGUUUCUCCUACAGAUUCCUAUGAUCGACCAGUACCACCUAAACCUCGUCGUCACCCAUCUCGGGAGUCGCCUCAGCUUGUCCUCCCCUCCACUCUGUCCCCCUCUCCCACUGAGCCCACAGAAAACAACCCCCCAGAGAGUCCUGUGGAGGAAGCAGCUCCCCAGUGUAGGUUCCAGAUGGACUGCCCCUUUCUUUUUUCACACUCCUUUCUCUUCUUUCCUAGAAGCUGCUCCCUGGUUCCUAUAACUUCUGUUUUUAUCCCAGAAAUUAUACUUCUGCUGCUUUCCUUCUCUGUCAAUCCUUUCUGUGCGCAUGUGUGUGUAAACAGUAAUGCUGCCCUCUGUCCUCACAUGCUUUCCAUCUCUCCAUCAGCGACCUGGGCAGCUGAGCUGUUAAGUGAUACAGGCUCCAUGUGAGGUCAAGGUGCUUCAUAUCUAUAAAUGUCAGUUAUGUCAGCCAUGUUAUUUCUACUGGGUCCAAGAGGUCAGGGCCGGGGUCAACACCAAUCAACAUGAGUGCCCUUUAAACAGUAUAUGCCAGUAUAUUAGAUAGAAUAUAAUGGAAGACAAUGUUGAGUGGUGUUGAAUCGUAUGUAUGCUGUUUUAUCUUUCCGGUGCUCCUUUCAGGUUUUUCUCUGGAUUCCUUUGUCUUUGCUGUCUUCACCAAGUGUAACGUUUAUGAUCUAGCCCGCUCAAAUCUUCUCUUUUCUUCUCUCCACCCCCUCCACCCUGCACCCUGCUUUCUGUAGUGUAUUGCUGUGGGCCUGUGCGUCUGCGCUCCAAACGCUCCUGAGGUCUUCUCCCCGUCCCACAUCCAAAAAUCAACUAUAUCAGCUCCUCUUUCUUUGUCUCUAUGCUCCUGGUUUCCGCUGGACCUCCCUGUCAUGGUCACCAUCCUUUUUUUUUCAUUUUCUCAAGACUGUUCAUUCUGUUCUCUUGUUUUUGUCUUCAAGUACUCGAUGCUAUCUUCACUUUCUAUCAAAUCAUUUCUCUAACUUGCCUUCACUUGCCACAGUCCUCGUAAUGUUUUGGGUUUGAUUUUGUUGAAGACGCAUAAUGCACCAAGUGAAAACAAGUCAUACUUGUUUGAGUGCUUCUCUCUCUUUUUUCCUUUCUGUUUCCUUUUUUUUUUUUAAAACAAAUGUAUGUACAUACUGUCGGUGGUUUUAUGUUUCAACUUGAUCCACUGGUUGAUAUUGAUAACACAUGAGAUCAGGGCUGAGUUAAAAAUGGACGCACAGAAUGUGGUCAGAGGACGAUACAAUGACAGAUGAGCUAAACCCUGGACGUAUCAGUUACUGUGUGAUUGAUGACUGACAUGCUGAAAGGAGGCUAUUAGACAAGGCCAUGUGAUAUCUAUCAGCCAAUAUUUUAGAGAUGUGAUAUCUGCGGAUCAAUAGUUGGACAGCGUAUGUUUGCCUCUCUGUGUCGGUGUUGUGGCCUGAUUUUGAAACCUUAGACCUGAAAUGUAUGCUGCCUUUGUAAAGUUUGAGAGAAGGUAAUCUUUCAGCGGCAGUCUGCUUGGUGUUUUAGUACAAAUGAUGAAUGUGAGAAAUAAGAGACGUCUCUCCAAAGACAGCCCAGCCUAGCUAGAAAACCAGAAUGACACUUAACGCUGUGUUGAAGAAAUGGUUUUAUUAUGAUUAUACUGAAAAAUUGGAGUUGCAUGAUUGCAGUUUGUUAAAUGUUUGUGUCAAAAUUAUGGGUAGAGUUUAAAUUCACGUAAAUCUUUGUGAAAAGGAGGGAAACUUAAUACAUCAUUAAUCUUUGGCUGAAAACUGAGAGCACUUAUGAAAAGUUUUUGUCAAGUGGCACAGAAUGUUUACAAUUGAGAGCAAUGCUAUACAACUUAAUGUUGAUAUAUGUAGCACAUACAGUAUAUACUCAGUUUUUAUAUGUAUGAAAUAUAUGAGGAAAAAAAUAAGGCACAGCCCCACGUUUCAUCUUUAUCUCUCAGCAUCUAAACUGGAAGCCUUUUUAUUGUGAGUUGAUUGUCAGCACAGGCACAUCUCACUCUACAGAAUUUGUGAUCACCUCACAAACCAUCAAAGAAAGCUGAGCUGCGCAGAUUUUUGCCUCAAGAGUGGCAUAACAUCACCCAAUAGCAACAUGAAAGACUGGCAGAGAACAGAGAACAAGCCCAGACGCAUGAAAACUCAAAGUCAAAACCAGGUGUAUCCCCUGAAUACUAAUAUCUGAACUCUAAACCAUAAUGUUUGGGUUUGUGAGACUGAAUAUGAACUUUCUUUUCUUUUUAUCAGGUCUGAAACAUACAACAUGUCUUUGUUGUCUUAACCGGCUGUCAUUUUCAAAGAAUCAAAGUUCUACAUGAGAAUAUUUUUGUGUAAAUAGGGAAUAAUGUUGUAGUCAGUCACAUGUAAGUUAUUCAAACACAAACCUUUAACUAGAGCACACACAGACACCAUCAUAUUUUUGCAGUGGUCUCUUUAUUUUAUUUUUCUGAAGUUUGCGUGGUAACUAUGAUAUGAUAUCCUAGUUUUAAUCAUGUCACUCGGGCUAUUAGGAUGAAUGCAGCUAUUGUUGUUUCACAAAGUCCACAGAUUUGACAUUUCUGGGAAGAUCAUGGUGACAUUUUGUCUCUGGUCGCAGUAGUAUGCAAGGCAGAUCUGAUUAAAAUGAAUAGUAAUUCAAUUUUUAUGUAAAAUCAGAUUAAUCCUCUGAAAAUUCUGAUGGUGUCAGAACAGCUUUGAACAGAUUACACAAACUAAAUACUUCUGUAAAGCUGAUCUGUAUUGUGAUUGAAGAGCAGGAUGCGUAAACUUUGAAGGACUUCUUUUGAAUAAAACGGUUGAAGACUGGAUCAAGAUUCAAGGAUUCUGGUUUGUGAUUGUGCAUGGGUUGCCAGGGUUUCAUUCUGACUAACGCACCACAGUAUUGAUUUUCUGUGGAGUCGUUUUAUUUGGCUUCAGCUGAAGCAUGCACUUGAGAUGAUAUUAGAAUUUAGGAGGUGCACAACUAUGAUAGGAUGUUAACUCUCUCGUGUGUUUAUUAUACACGUGUGUGAACAUAAUAGAGAACGAGACAGUGUGAGAGCACUUGUCUGUGCAUCUGUGUGUGUGUAUAAAUGUGUGUUGAUCGUGGCUGUAGCUGGCAUGACUAAGCUGUUGCUGGGAAGGAGCUGGGAGGACAGCCUUGUGAGUCAUCACCACAUCUCCUGGAACUGACUGUUCUCUCCACACCAUUAGGACCAGGCCCAAAACUGCCAAGCCCAGUCCACACACACACACAUAUGAAGACAUGUUAACUAAAUCAUGCCUGGAUGCAUGCACACACUCACAGACACCUGGUAUCAAAAACAGACACACCGUUAGACUGAUUUUUAAGGGCUGUGCAUACUCGCCGGGCCACUGAAAACCCCAACAAAUUAGACAUUAAUUUUUCAUUAUUCUAGCAGAGAGUUCAGCGAGUUCAGUGACAGACUAAAUAAAUCCCUCAAAGCCCACGGGACUGACCAGAGCAUGACUGUCCUCAAAAGAUGAGAGGGUAUAAAGCAAUAGUGUCUUUGACUCCAACCAAAAAGAGUACUGUGCAAAUCUAAUUAAGAGGCUUUGUUUACAAUAAGUCUACCCACACAUCAUCAAGUCUCAAGAGGCAAUACUCUAGGCUUGGGUUUAUAUAUCUGGCUUGUGUUUUCUUGUUUGUGUGAGUGUUGUGUUAGAAUGAAUGUAAAACUAAUGUAAAUACCUCGGUAAUUCCUGUGAUUUUUUUACUCUUUCCCGUCUCACACCUUCUGCUUUUCAUUCUCACUUUGCAUCUUGUGCUGCUUUUCUAAAAGUCCUCAAGGUUGUUUGUGUUGUUUCUGGUAUCUUUCAAACUUUAGGAAAAAAAAAUAAGCCACUGGUUCUUUUCACGUUAAUGCAUGACAUGUGCACAUCCACAGGCCAUUGACUUGAAUGAUGUGGUUGCAGCUAACAGUUGCUAACAGUCUGACAGCACAGUGAUUAGCACCCAGUAAUGAUACCUGCAUUUUCUCUGUUCUCCCCCAGCAUGGCUGCACUCCAUGCAGAGCACAAUAGUCAGCAGCCAGAAACCAGGAACACCCGAAGAGGAGACCAUGUCUCUGGGCAGCAGUAGCGGUGGCAGCAGUCUACCUGACCAGGGUUAUGCCGCCUCUGAGGGCAUGGUAGAGGGUGAGGACUCAGGCAUCAUCUCCCCAUCUGACACCCAACCCACAUCCCCUGAUGGGAGUUUGUCUCUGGAUGGAAGUAGCGGAAGCAGAAGGGAGAGACUGCAGGGGCCAGUGCGGGACAAUUCCAGUGACAGUGAUGAGGGGUGUGCCACCUGGGGGUCCAGACACAGGUAAGAUGGAGUCGUGCAAAAUGGAAGCAGGAGAGGGACUAAAGUGAGGAAAGAAAAGUAAAUGAUGCUGGUUAGCUUUUACUAGAUUGAUUGCCACAGAUCCUCUUAUUGAUUCGUGGCAGUCAAGAUUGAUAUGAGGCACUCCAAGACAUCUAUACAGAAAAAUGAAAGACUCACAGUGUCAACCUUAAGGCUUUUUACUUCCCAAUACUGUCUUUUUGAUGACUCUGACCCAUAUUCUACCUCAAAUCCUCCCAUAGUUGACAACUUUCAAUUCUAAAUCAACUCAAAGAAAUCCACGAUACUUGUAUUUUGCUGUUUGUUUGAUGCAUCCACUGAAAACCAAGCUCUGAAAAUAUAACUGCUGCGUGUAUAUUGAGUGAUAAGCAUCAGAAUUGCACCUGUGUGUUCACCUAGUUUGGCUAACAACAAAAGUUCUUCUACUCUUUGUGUUCGAGCAGUUAUAACUGGGAGCAGCCUUCGCUAUGUGUCAUAUUUGAGUUGCAGCCAGAGCUGCCACCCUGAAACUUCAGAUCUGAGCUUCUAUAGUUUUGUGGUUUUCUGUCAUUUUUCAAAGACCUUUUUGGAGAAUGAGAGCUGCCCUCUUUCAAAUCACUCUUUGCCUUUUAAGCUGUUGUGAAAUGUGUAUCCUAGUGUGCCUGGACCAGGCUUCCUAGAUCAAUGCUCUGAGUCAGACAAACUUUAUGAAUCCAGGGCCUGGCCUGAUGCUGCUGGCUCCACAGUAUUCCAGGAAAGCACCGUAACCCCGUUUUCUCAGAACUGUUGAGGAAAGGAGGAGCAGUCCAAGUCUCUCAGAAGACAAAUUCUAUUUGGUUUGGCCUUCUUGUAGCAAUUUGUUAUGGCUAAUAUGCCAGUAACUCAUGGGAAUGCUCUGUUGAACCCUUGAAAAGAGUGAGGGAAGUUUGAACUGUGGUAGUAAUACAUGUUUCAAAGCCAGUGGGCUCCAAUAAAAACAAAACUCUACUUUGAAUAAGAAGAAUAUUUAAAUAUACCAGAUCUGUUUCUUUUUCUUCUACUGAACUGCUUUUAGCCUCUUGGUUUCUGUGGUGGAUUAGUAACGGGAAGUCUGCUGAAUGUGACAUUGGCUUCAAAUGAGCAGUUCAUAACAGCUGCCUGGUGGUGACUGUUAAUAAAAAUUAUGGAGUCAGAGGGAUUAAAUUAUUAUGGCUGCCUCUGUGUUUUACAUUUCAAGUGUUACUGAACUUGUGUUCAGUAACAUUCAUGCAAAUGAGGGAAGAGGUCUCAUUGACACAUACAUUCAUGUCCUUCUUCAGGCACAAUGACAUCAGCCAAAAGCAAAAGACAGAAAAGGUAAAAAGCAGCUAUGAUGACCAAGAGGUUACAGCUCAACUCCAUCAGACUCUGGCAGAUUUUGAAGCCGACCUUGCAGGUGAGAGGGCAUGAGAGUUUGACAAAAAUCCAAAACAGAUUUUUUAUUUUGAUGUUAUAAAAGGUUUGAAACAUUUUCUUUACUUAAAGUACUUUGAUAUGUUCCUCUUUUCCAGCCCACAUAGAUGUACCCUCAGUGGAGGGGGGGUCCUAUACCAUGUCCACAGACAGUAACGAGGUUCCCGUCUCUGUAGUGGACAUGGAUGUGCCAGUCACAGCCAUAGAUGAAGUCCUGGAAGACUUUGAACGCAACGUCAUCGAAAACACGUCAAAGUCACUUUUCAAGACAGAGUCAACAGGCAGCAAAGGUAUAAAUAACCUUACACUUAUGGCCUCAAGCUGAUCAUGUCAAUUUCUUUCAGAUACCAAGGAUUUUUUUUCAUGUACUUUGACUUGAUGCUACCGAUAUAUUACACUUAUCACCUCAUAUGUUUUUAAUUUUGAUUUUUAAUCCCUUAUUGUAGGAUUUUGUCAUCAGUCCAGUGCUGAGCCAGAGAACAAAAACAACAAUGCUUGUGCAGCUGCUGACAGUAAUAACAGAAGCAGAGGAGAUACUAAGAGUGCAACUCAGCCAGAGCAGCAAACAAAGUCACAGGAGAAAAAGUCUAAAGUUGACAAAAAGACUGAAAAAUUACACAAGAUGAACAUUACUGAGACGAGCAUCACUGACAUCAACAAGGUAAAAGAGGAUAAACAGAGAACAACAGCAGUGAAAUCUGACACUGAGGCUCAAAAACACAGCAAACACUCUGAGAUCAAACCUGAUCCCGUGAAAAGUAGCGCUCAGUCGUUUCAUGAGAACAAACCUGCUCUUUCAACAACUACUCAGAGAUCCACAAGCAGAGAUGAAGAGAUGCAAAGAGUUUACCAGAAUAACUCCAGCUCAAGUGCCUCAUACGGCAAAAUCACUCGAAGUGUCACAUCGCGCUUCGGUAUGAACACUUUUACUGUUGUACCUCCCAAACCCCCUGUCAUUCACGCUGCAGGAGAGCCAGCUGUCACUUUAACUGUCGGCGCCAUUAAAAUUGACGAUCAAGGAAAUAUGGUGAACCCCGGCACAGUCUUAAGAAACAAAUUUGGAGGUUCAUCAGAGUCUGGAAUUAACAGCAGUGAGAGAUCUCCUCUUCUUGGAAAGGCCAAAGCUUUUUGGAGUUCAAGUGAGAGACAAGACAGUGCUGUGCCCCUCAACAAAGGUGUGAUUGACCAAGCUAGGGAGAGCACGGAUGGCCUGAAAAGUCCUCCUGCUACAGCUUCAGAAACUACGAUGAGGAUAAACAGCACUGAAGACACAAAAACAAUACAAUUUUCAUUUCAUGGAGCUCAGUCUAAAGUGAUUGCAAAAGAAGAAGCUGAAGAACCACUGAGGGAUGUCAAAGUUGCAAAAGAAGAGCAGGAAGAGAUCGAGAGCAAGAUUUCAGUGUCCAAAACUGUUCAGCAGCCAAGUACUAAACCUGUCCUUCCACCUCCGAUUAUUCCAAACCUGAAAAAAGACCUGUCCUUUCUCAAAACAUCCAGAAGAACCUCCAGCCAAUAUGUGGCGUCUGCCAUCAAUAAAUACACCCCAAAGACUGCAGCUCAGCCCGGUUUCAGCCCCAACAUACCUGACUCCUCUGCUUCUCUGAAAACGCAGACAUUAGGGUUCCAGAGAUCAGGUCGGUCCAUACAAGUGAAUCCUCAGCUGUCUUCCCAGUCAUCAUUGUCAGAAAACAAGGAGAAUGAAUCUGCCUCUAAAUUCAACUUUCCUGGUCCAAAAAGGUCCAUGAGCUCCCCAGAGUAUGUGUCAGAGAGCCAGAGAGAUUUUGGAGAAGUAAAACUAGACAAGAGUGGAUUUGGAAGCUGUGUUGGACCUGCCAAAGAAAUCUCUAUUACGCUGGAGACGGAAACAACCAAGAACAAGCUCAUUCAUUCUGGUGGCCCCACCCAAAUAAGUGUGAUGGCCAGUAAUGAAAGAGAUGAUAUUAGAGUUAUUCGUCAUAGAAGCCCCAGCCCUGCACAGAGGAGUCCUGUACGCUCAUUUGCCAAACCACCCACAGCUCCCAAGACCAUUUUCCAAGGACUGACACAAGUGAGUAAAAUGGACACUCAAAAUAUUCCACUUUUAACUUUUAAGACUUUUAAGACGUACUUUUGAGGUACCUUAAAACUCUACAUCUUGUCUGCAGGACACGCGGGACAUGACGAAGGCAGCCAACCAUCCAGUGCCUGAUGUGAAACCACAGCUUUCUGUAACAGUAACAGACAGCUGUGGGACACCUGAGCCCUCACCAGUGACACUGUUUGGGCCGGUUAAAAAGUUCAGACCUGUGAUCUGUAGAUCUGUGGAGAAGGAGACAUCUCUGCACAGCAGUCUGAUGGAGGCAAUCCAGACAGGAGGAGGCAGGGAGAGACUCAAGAAGGUGAGACAAAGAUGGGAAUAAUGCACAGAAGGGCUAGAGAUCAGAGGUCUCCAUUGGGUAUCAUUUACCAAUCAGGCAGCUCUUCACACUGUUUCAGCACUGUUAAAGGUACAGCCUUUCAAAUAGGAAUAAUAAGCAAUAUCUAGCAGUCAUAUUCUUAUUUAAGAGGCUCCCCUCCUGUCCUCUUCCACUGGUGACGCAAUGGUGGCCGUCCAUGUCAUGAAGCUCCUCUAAUGCAUGAUAAGAUGUAGACCUGUCUUAUUCCGUGCUACUGUAGAAACAUGGUGGUGUUAGAUGGGGACCCAUCUGGAAAAGGACCCACUCCGAUGUAGAUACAAAAGUCUUAUUCUAAGUCAACACAAACCAAAAAAAUGUCAGAUUUAGGUUAUCAUACAUUAGUUUAACAUACUUACAAUUACUUCACUCCAUUUCUACAAAGUCUGUUUUGCUACCUCCCGAUAAACACUACACACUGUACCUUCAACAAUGUUUCUGUGAGUUCCUAUCAUUUUGCCCCCCCCCCCUUUUGACAAAGAAAUCUUUGCUCAUCUUGUCCUCUACAUGCCUUAGAAUCAUCAGUUUUGUUUCUGAUGGUCUUGGUUGCUCAGACAUCAUGAAAAGGCAUCAGUAUGGUUUUCAGCCUAUUUUAUCGAUGUCAAAAAACUCCUCAUUGGAACUUUAAAGGAGUUAUUACUUAUUUCUUUUUGUUUCUUCCAUAGUUAACCACUCCAGGUCCCAGCAGCAUGAAGAAAGUAUCUUAUGCUGAAGUGGAGAAUGAGAGGUCUGCCUUACUGGCUGCCAUAAGAGCCCAGAGUAAAACAGGGAGGCUGAGGAAGGUAAAGUACACAUUGUAGUAUCACUCCAUGACAGUUGAUAUCCGUUAUGAACUCAUUCUGAAAUGUAUGUUUGAUAGUUUGUAAAGAAAUAGCCCUUGUUCUUGUUUUUUCAAAUCCAGCCUCAGACAUGGCUAAACCCAAUGUCUUUACUCAACAAGACUGUUUACAAGUUGCUAGUAGCAUUUUCAUUCUGUCCAUCGUGGUUUAGCAUCAAGUAGUACUUCAUAGAGUUGCUAGAAUAGCUGAAACCAAGUGUACUCUCUGAACUUGUGUUUGGCACAUAGAUUAUGUUCACAUUGAAAUAUAGAUACUAAACUUGUUUCUUACACUGUGAGUUGGUCAAUGUCUCAAAGAACUCUGCAUGAACUAAGUUAUGCUGUGUUUAUUUCCAUUCCUGUGAGUGGACUGAGAGCUGUGGUUUGCUGUCAUGUAAGGACCCAUGUGGAAUGAAAGGGGCAGACGUGCUGCUGAAGCCGAAACAUCUGCGGUUCUAUUCUGGAGGUUCCUUACCAGAACUGGAAUCUCAGGAAUGCUGCAUGACUAAAUCUGCCUUAAAAACUUUGUGCAUAUCCAAAAAAAGUAGAUAAAUAACUAAAACUACAAAAAACGCCCGAUGGAUUCUUGAAAAAGAUGAAUGUAAAAAAAAGAAAAACAUGAACUUUAGAAAAGAAAGGAUCAGAGCAGCAAAAAAUGUCUCAUGUGCGUCCAUGCGUGUGAGUUCAAAUGCACAUAUGUGAGAGCAGCUGGCCUCCCGCCUGUGUUUGUGUGUCUAGAGUUACCUUUGUCUCUCUCUCUUCUUUGUGUCCAGACCAAAUCUGAGGCGGCUGAUGAGCUUGAAAAGUUCAGGAAGGCGUCUGAGGACGAGAGGAGUGCAAGCCUUCCCUCCUCCCCCUCUCCUUACUCCUUGAAUUGCACUUCUCCUGUCUUCACCCCACCACCUCUGCCACCAGCACCCAUGCUUGCUCCUCCACCUCCCCCUCCCGUCUUGCCCAAGGUUAAGCCAAGCAGUGUGGCACAUCCAAGCACUGACGGCGUCAUGAACCUUGCCGUGGCCAGGGAGGCGAUGCUAGAGGCCAUUCGCUCUGGAUCUGCGGCUGAGAAGCUGAAAAGGGUAAAAAUGCAAAAAAAAAAAAAAAAGAAUUCAACAUCUUUUUUACUCCAGAGUUAAUUUUUACUAAAGUUCUGAAACUCUGUGGCUGCUUUGAAUUGGUUUUUUUUUUCUUAUUCUGCUAACUUCAUGAUAGUGUAGUGAUGAAGUAGAGAGUCACACUUUAUCCUACACUUCUCAGUGGAUCAGAUUGUAGCACAAAGAAAAGGCAUCCACAUCUCCAUGUGUGUUAUCUGUUCUAUGAGGAGGAAAACACUCAAGAUAGCAAAGAAAUGAAAUAUGAAACAAAAGUAAGGGAUGCAAGGAAUAAGUUUCGAUAUCACAAGUGGAGACUAUCUAAAUGAAAGUAUUUUUUCAUGAGGUUUGGUUCUCAAAAUGGCUCACCCACAGAGACUCUUAUCAAAGAAGAGAGGGAGAGUAAAAAACAGAGACAGACACCAAAAUAUGCAGACGGAAUAAAAAAAAGCCAGAGAGCCAGAAAGCUACAAAAAAAAUCUGUUUUUUGAACCUGUGUCCACUUCCCUUUCCUCUUUUUGGGGUCUUUCUUUCCUCAUGUCUCACCUCGUUUGAAGACAUCAUUGGCAGUACAAAGCUCACCCAGGAGGCAGCAGCAAGGAAACUGAAAAUAAACUGCAGAUUGUAACUCAUUCACAGAUUCAUGUGACAUGCAGACUGUUCAGCUCUAUCAAUAUUUUCAGUUCAUCUUCAGGUCAGCAGCUGUGUAAAAUCAUAGAUGUCAAAAUGUUUUUGCGUCUCUGGAAGCAGACAGAAGAAACAGCAAAGAGUAAAUAUUUUUAGGGAGUGAUAUUCAGAUUUAAUACAAAUUAAUGCAUGGAUCUUCUCAUUCCAGACAUUUUAUUUCUGUCUGCGCCUCAUUAGACUCCACAAAACUGAUAUUCUUUUUCCAGCAUGCCAUGAACUAUCACUCCUGUCAUUACCAAAGUAGAGAACUACAAACAUGACAUGUUAUGUCUCUUUUAACUAGGUCGCUGUGCCCACAAAGACACUCAAAGUGAACGGCCGAUUGGGAACAAUCCAAGCAGCCUCAGCCUCAUCACACCCGCAGCAGUAAGAGGGGAGGGCCACAUGGCUUCAAGAGGAAAAAAUUAACACAUGGGACUUCAGAUUUUGACUUUCAUGCCCAUGCAACCCGCAUUUGGAAAACUGGAUGGCAUACUGAGUGAAAAUUAUCAGAGGGUUUAAUUUGACUCCUAACACAAAGCACUAAAAGAAAAAGGAAUCAUUGUGAAAACUAGCAUCAGACUAUGCCUGUUAAACUAAUCUUCAUCUUUAAAAACUGUUAUAAAGUGGAAUUAUUUAAACAUUUCCUCUUGCAAGGCGAAAUGUUGCUCUCUCAGUCACACAACUCUGGAAAGAUUUAUAAAGUCUGUAAAAAAGUGUCUUCGAUUGUAAGUCACUGCUCAGUUUGCCUCUAACAGUAACUUGCUGUAGAAACAAAAUGUCUGUCGUUUUAACAUAUUGCUGUCUCUAAGCAUAAGCUGCCAUUUGUACUUGAAUUCAGUUAUUUAAACUGGAAUAUUGUACAAUAUGUGUGCCAAUGAAAGCUAAUUUUAAAUGGUUUAUGCUACUUUCACACCUUGUUUUCAAGUUUAAGUAAAGGAUGCCUUAUGCUGUUGCUCCGUCAGUGUUAUGUAAAUGACAUUUGCUGUAAAAACUCUCUAUAUGCGGUGCAAUAAGUUUGAUCUGAUGAUGUUUCCAGAUUUAACUUCUUGAUAUUUGUUUAACAAAUUAGGAUGAUCACUUAAAAAAGUAAUGGAUGGAUCCAUUGCUGUUUGAUUUUCAAAGUGUAUUAUUUUAUCCAGAUCUGAUAUGUGAUGCCAACUUCUGUGGUGUUUUUGUUCUGCAGAAGAUUAAAAAAGCAGUGACUGACAAGUGCCUGUUAGCUCAAUGUGCUCCUGUUUUGGCUUCUCACAUUUGUUUUUGCUGCUGUUUGAAAUCUUUAAUCAGCGUCGAGUACAGUCAGUGCCCUGCUGAAGCUUAUACUUGUAUAGUAGAGAUAUUUGACUGACGUUGGCUUUUAUGUUGGACAGAUUAGAAGUACAGAGAUAAACCCUCUUCUUUAUUUGAGAUUUCAGAAUUUUUGAUGCACCACUGAAGAUUAUAAAUGGUGGACGUCACCAUCAGCAAAGAGAUUAGCUUAGUAAUCAACUAGCCUCUACUGGCUCUGUGGCACAAACUAGAUGUCAUAAGAAAGCAGUAGUGGUUGUAAGUUAUCUUGAUUUAAGAAAGUGUUAUUACACUCCUUUCUGCUUGUCUGAGGGAGGACAGUUUGGAGUAGCUAUGACUGAUAGAGGAAAGGUGGACAGCUGCUAAUUAAUGGUGAAAAGGAGUUAUGCUAGAGCAGACAUAUUCAGGUGUAAAUGUUGACUGCAGAGGAUUGUGAGCUAUUACAAGUAAAAUGAGUUGUACUCUUAGGUUUAUGGAGAUUUAUUUUGAUUUAUUCUCAGUUUUAUCUCUCAAAACAUCGUUUAAAUAGUUUCUCCUCAGUGUCAGAAGAAUUCCUGCUUUGAUUUUUUUUUUCAUCUCUGCUAGAAGAGAUUAUUUCAUUCUGGCUGGAUUUUUUCCAUCUUCACACUUUAGCCUACAGCACAUUGUAGCAUUGUAUAUUUUUGUAAAGUGAAGAGUGAUGUUCACAGUGAGAGAUUUGAUUUAAAUCUUUGAAUGAAAGCUGUUUGGCUGAUUGUGAAAGUUUUAUAAGCUUAUGCUUUCUAAGUUUUAAGUGCAUAUUGUUUUUUUUUUUGUUUGUUUUCUUUUGCACUUUUUUUGUCUACCUGAUUUUUGAUUCAAUAAAUGAUUUUGUAAUCUAC